UUGGAAUGUGGUCCAAUGGAUACGUCUAUUCUUCAGGCCCUCCAAUUGAAUAUAUGCUCGUUACCUGGUGGGCGAGACAAAGAACAACGACCUAUACUAUUGGUAAAUGUGCCAAUAGAGACAAAUGUCGAACAGAAGGAUCAAUUUAUUUUAGUAAUCAAUUAUCUAAUACGAUGCUUCAGAUCAUCUAGCCUCCGUAACGGUAUAACAAUUGUUUUAAAUGCUAUUGAGAGUAGUUGGCGAAUAACCCGAACAUAUAUACGGUAUAUUAGUGAAAAUGUGUCCAAAGAUGUUAUUGCAUUUUUAUUGGUAUUACGACCGGAUGUAUUUUGGGAUAAGCAGCGUGUAGAAAAAUGUAUUAAAUCACAAAAUGAAAUCUCUAUUAUUUACAUUCCAAGAUCUCGACUGAUUAAAUUUAUUGAUACGUCACAAAUACCUGUUGAACUUGGAGGAGGCUGUAUACUUGCGGAUCAUGAAAAGUGGGUGCAAAAUCAAAUGCGAUUAGAAGAAUGGAAAGCUGACUUAGAGUAUGUUUUAGUCGAAUUAAAAGAAUUACAACAACGAUUGAUUAACAAUUGCUUGCUACGAACUAGUGACGUAGAAAAUGCUCUCAAUGUUAGUAUGGAUAUUAGCGAAUCCACAAAAAUGCUUGCACAAGCUGUAAUAGAUUCUGGGAAAGAAUUACUAUUUCUGUACGAAGAAAAUAUAAAAAAAUGGAAAAAUUUCAAUGGAAAUGGUCAAGCACCUCAAGAUUUGCUAGAUACUGCUUCUGAAAUUGAUCAUUUAUUAUCAGAAAUUGAUUCGAAACAAGAAUUAAUCGAUACGGCUUGGGUACAAAUGGAAAAAAGUUUUGAAACAGCGCAUGAAUUAACAUCACUGGAAGAAGGAGUUACGAAAGUAACAAAUUGGAUUCUAACCGUUGGAGAAGAAUUAGCAAAUAGCCAACAACGUGUUGGUUUUGAUGUUGCAUCGGCUGAAGAGCUACGUUUAGAGCAUGAAAUACUCGAAUUACAAUGUUGGGAUACAUAUGGACAUUAUGCUGAAAUAUCAUACAAAAUAAAUUCAUUCCCUUUUAUUAACGAUUCAAUACAACAUCGAGAUUUGCUGUCACAGAAGGCAUUUAUGGAUUUUGUUUGUCGAAGCUUUGCAACUCGACUAGAAAAACGACGUAAUCUGUUAAUAACCUCUUUAAGAUUAUUUCGUUUAAUUUCCGAAUAUUUUGAUCGUACUAGUGAAGUUUACGAAGCAUUAGUGAUGGGUAAUCAAAUAGACGAUUUUAAUGAAGCGAAUAUUAAGUUAAAAAAAUUAGUUGAAAACCAACAAGAAUUAGAUGCAAUCGAAACGGAAUUAGUUAAGGAAGGAGAAAAAUUACGAGAUAUGUUAUCGAUGCCGGUAAAAAAUGCCUUAGGUGGUGAUGUGCCGGUUAAUUAUGAGGAAGAAAUAACUAAUAUUAAUGAUAUUUUGGAUGCGACAAGAGCUAGAAAAAAUAUUUUCACUGAUAGUGUUGAAUUGCAGAAAUUAACACUGGAAAAAAUUAUACAUAUUUCAUCUUAUGAACGUGAUACUGAGGAAGCCAUUCAAUGGUUAAAUGAUUUAUUUCAAGUUGUAUUAGAAUCGCAUAGUCAAGUGGGUUGUAAUGUUCAGGAAAUCCAAAACCAAAAAGAGGAUUUACAAUCGUUUCAACAAACUGUAAAGUGUACGUACAAUUUUGGAUGUCAACUUCUAAAUGCAUCUUUAACAUUACGCCAAUCCUGCAAAUUAUCUAUCGAAGACCAUACAACACUAUCACAAAAAUUACGUUUUGCAUGGCAACGAAUAGAGUCAGCUUGUCAAGAACAAAUGACCAGAUUACGUGUCUCGGCUGUAUUUCAUCGUUCUGUCGAUGAAUACUGUGUCCAGAUACAAGAUUUACGUGAUGCUGUUAGUGGUAUGCCUUUAGAAGAUCCAAUUAAGAAACGGGAACGUGUUCGACAAUUUUUUGUUAGUCGAGAACAUCUAUUAAUGGAAGUGGGGCGAAUGGUACGACUUGGUCGAUUGCUACGAACACGUUUACGGGAGUCAUUGUAUCCAACAAUAAUGGCUGAUGAAUCAAAUCCUACGUCGGAUCAAACACCUCAACAAUCACAACAACAGCAUCACAUAAAUCUAAAUGAAGGUAAUGCAACUGCAAUUGAAUCGAUAUCGGAACGUUUAUCAGAAGUAGCUGGACUUGCUGAACAACUUGACAUGGCAUUACGUGGUGCACAACAAGAUUGCGCCUUAGCAACGCCACCAGUAUCAUCAUCAACAAUUAACGCAAAUAUUAUAGGGCCAAUUAAAAAGAUAUUUGAUGAUAGUACAACUUCAACAACGGCUGGUGUGGCGUCACCUACAGAGAAUUGGUAUGCCCAAAAUUCAGAGAAAAAACCUACAACACCAAGUCGUUUUGAUGAUGUUAAAUCCGACGAUGAAUUCUUAACAGCAUCUGAAUGUACUGUUCAAUCACGUUCUUCAUCAUUUCAUACAACCUCCGAAUGUGGUGCAUUAUCACCCUGGUGGGAACUAGAUCGCAGCGUUUCACCACGUGAAGAUUUACAUAAAGAAAAAAUGGUGAUCGCUGUUGGUUUACCAGAACUACCAAAUCCAAAAUCUGUAUUAAAACCUAGUCCAGAAGUACCACCCGGAAAAAUUGUGCACGAAGUCACUGAAACAACACAUUUAAAAGUUCAACAUUGCCAUACGUUAGAUGUUUCUUCGUACGUUUUAACUUCGGAAACUGUCAAAGAUGGAAAAAAUUUAGCUGGUGCACAACAUCAAAAUCUUUCAACAGUUACUGAAAAAAUUGUUCAUGAAGAUCGUGUUAAAUAUAUUCCGGAAGGUCGGGAAGUUAUUGUACCGGUAAAUGUUGAGACAUCUGUUACAACAGAUGCAAAUGAUUUGUUAUUGAAACAGUUUAAAGAGAGUGGUGAUUGGAUACUUCUUAAAAUAUUAGAACUUGAACCAGAUUUAACAUUACUAGGUGAUACAUUAGUCGAAGCGUUAGAAUUACAAAAAGCGCAUAAUGAAGUUUUAUUGCAAUUACAGAAUAAACAAAGUCCUGUUGAAGAAUUACUUCGACAGGCUGAUCAACUUAUAUCCACACAAAAACCACGUACUGAAGUAUACGCAGCAAUGGCCGAAUCGUUAGCGUUAGCAUGGAAAGAUGUAAAUGCACAUUUAGAACAACGUCGACAGAUAUUAGAUAUGAAUGUUUCGUAUCAUCAGAAAGCAGAUGAUUGCCAUGAUAAAAUGAAAGUACUCGAAAUGGCAUGUAAUGAUACCAUGAUACCAAUCGAAAUCGAUGCUGUUAAAAAUUUUCUGACCAACAUACAUGAUAUGCGACGUGCUGUUUUAGAAUCUCUAAUGGUAGCCCUACAACAGGGUACCGCCUUAUUACAUAAAUUAAAAGAAUUGGCUGAACAAGGAACUUUAGAUUCACGACCACAAAAAAUAAAAAUACCAGUACAACAAGCAAUAGCGCAAGUUGAAAGGUGGAUGGAAUCACUACAUGAUCGUCGAAGACUGUUAGAAUUAUCAUGGGAGAGUAGGAAAUUACAGCUAGAGCAAUGCUUAGCAUUAGCAUUUCUUGCAAAAGAUUUACGUGAUUUAGAAAACACAAUUUUACAAAGACGUGAAAUAUUAAACAAUAAUGAUCAUUUGGGUGAUUCAGCAGCAAGUGCCGAACUAUUUUAUAAUGAACACGAUAAACUGUAUAAAGAAGCCAAAGAUUUACAAGAUAAGAGUUUAAAGAUAACAAAAGCAACCGAACAAUUUGUUUCAAGUGGAUGUUUUGCUGGAGAACAAGCGACUGCUCAAGCAUAUGGUGUUUUAGAUUUAGCUACACAAUAUUUAACAGACUUAGAAGCGAAAAUGGAAUUACUUACAUCUGCCAUUGAUUUCUUUAAAUCAGCCCAGAAUGCAUUGGAUAAAUUACAACAAAUGGAAAUAGAAUUAGUCAGUCCAAAUUUGUCGCGUGCAGAGGUAAUAAAGUUACAUUCAGAAUCUGAGAAAGCUAUUAAAGAAAUUGCCGAUCCACCAAUCGAAGCCGGAUAUGCACUUUUGGAAGCAACUGGACGUUCAACAGGAACAGAACAUGUUAAAUUUAUGGUGGAACAGUUAGAAAGUAGGAAGAUAUUCUUGGAUAGUUUAUGCGUUGCUCAUAAGGAAGAACAUAGACGAGUAAUGGAAGCGUUAGAUAAUUUCCUUAAACGGCAAAAUGAAUUACAUACUUGGUUGAUAGAUAUUGCAGAAGCUUUUCUUCAAAGCCAUCAAGAUAUGGGAAGCGAUGUAGUGUUGGCACAAGAUUUCUUAGAUUUACAUACUCAAUUAUUACGGGACAUUCAAGAAAAAGGAACCGAAAUUAAUACUUUAUUAUUAACACUACCGCCAAUUUUAGAAUAUUUAGAGCAUAGCGAACGACAAGAUUUGGAUAAAAAAGUUGAAAAUUUACACGAACGUUGGAUUAACAUUAAGAAUAUUUUAGAAGGACGAUUAGAUUUAGCCAGUUUAUACGUACAAUUUUUAACACAAACAAACGAAUUAGAUGCAGCAAUGACAUCAUUAGAGAAUUCGGUGAAGAAUAAAAACGAAAAAUUGAAUGAAAAUGUUAUCAGUAAAUUGGAAGAACAGUGGUUAUCAUUGAAACCACUUUAUAAUAAAUUAAAAGCUCUUGGUCAUCAAUUUAUUGAAGAUGUUCACAAAGUUAGUGAUCCAAAUCUGGAUUCACAACGAGCAAUACUUUGUGUGGAAUCAACACUAGAACGGUUGGCAAACAAACAAUUGACAGUGUCUGAAUCAUGGCAAACUUGGCAAACAGAAUUAUCAGAACGUCGAGAAACAUUAAUUCAAUGGGAAAAGAAUAUAGUUGAAUCGAAUAAGACAAUUGAUUUGGCAACAAAAUUAGAUAGCGAAUUAUAUCCAAUUAUCACCACUGGCAGUACUGAACCAUUACAUAUCGUAUCCGAUCUCGAAGACAAAUUAGAUACAACAUUAGAAGAAAUGAAACGUACUCAAAAAGGAAUCGAAGAGUGUUUAAGAAUAACCGAAACAUUGUCACAAAAGUCCUCUGAAGUUCAAAAUGAAAAAGUGGAAACAAAAUUAAACGAAUUAAAUAAUAAAUUUUCAAAUGAUAUUACAGAGUAUUCACUUUUAACACAAAUGAUAAUUUCCUACUUUAAACACAUAAACGAAAUACAAAAGAAAAUUGAAAGUUACAAGCAAAAAUAUGAUAACGAAAAAUUAUCAAAUGAUGUUGCACAAACGGAGCAUUUAAUCCAUGAACAUAAUUCAUCAAAUCAAAUUUUGCAAGAAAUGUUUAAUUUUUCACAAAACGAAUGCGAUCGUCUAAUAUCGAAAAUCAAUAAACAGGAACCAGGUGAUGCUGCCCAAAAAGAUAUUUCUAGAAUUUUAUAUCCGUUAAAACAACUACGUAAUGAUUGGGAUAAUAUGUGGGAAGAACGACGAAAAGUUUUAGAAGAUCAUCUUCAGCUAUGUCAUUUUGAUUCGGAUCUACAUCAAAUUAAUGAUACAUUAGAUGAUUUGGGUAAACAAUUGAAUGGAAUUAAGGGAAAAUAUGGAGAAUCAUUGGCAGAAGCAAAAGCUACAUCAUUGGCGUUUGUUUACUUUGAAAAAACUAUCGAGUUACUGGAAGACAGGUUAAAACAAUUUGGAAACACAGCCGAAAAUAUGCUGAAAAACCAACACAUUCAUUCACCGCACAUUGAGGCAGAACUGAAUAAACUUCGAAAUCGUUGGAAUGAUUUCAGAACACAAGUACAAGAUACACGUCAUUUAAUUGAUUUGAGUAUUAAAUAUUUUGAAACUGUUUUAAAAGCCGAAGAAUGGUUUAAAGAAGGUAAUCAAUUGUUGAGAACAAUUGCACGAAAAUCAUCACUUGUAAAAACACCCGAAGAGGCGACAGAAUUAUUAAAUGAACUCGAAACUUUCUUGAAACCAGGAGAGCAAAAACAAGACGAACGAAUACGUGAAAUUUCGAAAAUGGCCUUUGAACUAUUUGGCCAUGAACAACCGAUACAAGUUAAUAAAGUUAUACUUGAAAAUCAAGAAUUAACUGAUUCAUUUUCGAGUAUCAUAAAUGAGUUAAAUAUAUUAGCUAAUAAUCUGAAAGUAGCUGAAGAACAAAGAAUUAAGGAUAUUGAAGCACAAAGGUUAAGAGAUAUUGAAGAACAGCGAAUUAGAGAAGCUGAAGAGCUAUUAGAAAAACAAAGAGCUGAAGCAGCUAGAAUAGAAGCUGAAAAAGCUAAAGCAAAAGCUGAAGCUGCUAAAGCCGAAGCAGAUGCUGCUAAAGCUGAGGCAGACGCUGCUAAAGCACAAGCCGAAGCUGCUAAAGCAGCAGCUGCAGCUGCUGAAGAAGCAUGUAAAACCGCUGCGAAAACAUUAAACGAUGCAGCCGAAGAAUUUAAACAGAAAACAAUUGUAAUUAAUACUACCAUAGAAAAAAGUACUUUGAUUGAAACACAAAAACUAGUACCUGAAAAAUUACUUAUAACUGAUGGUACGCAAACUGUCGAUACGGUGCAAAAAACUGAAAUUAGUCAAACUGAAACAACACCACAACAGGUUGAAGAACAUGUCGUACAUAUUAUACCAAUUGAAAAAGAAAAAUCAGAUGAUAUACAAAUUGAAGAGAUCCCACAAUUAGAAGCACCCAGAUUUAUUGUCCCAUUAACCGACAUAAUAAUACAAGAAGGUUCCUCAUUUACUUUCAAAUGUCACGUAACUGGAUAUCCGUUGCCAGUCAUUCAAUGGUUUAAAGAUGGAAUCUCAAUUGAAAGCAAUUUAGAUUAUCAAACAAAUUUUGAAAAUGGCGUUUGUGCUUUAACUAUUGAAGAAACAUUUACGGAAGAUUCAGCAAGAUUUACAUGUAAAGCAAGAAAUGCGGUUGGAUCUGCCGAAACCUCUGCAUAUUUAUCUGUUAAAGAAACUGAACCAGACGAACAAUUAAUACCGCCAUACUUUACAAAAACAUUAACACCAGCCCUCGCUCGUGAAGGUAGUAAAUUUCAAUUUGAGUGUGGAGUGCAAGGUAAUCCUUUGCCAACUGUACAAUGGUUUAAAAAUGAUACUUGUAUCGAUAAUUCAUCCGAUUAUGUUAUCACGUAUAAUAAUGGCGAAGCUAUUUUAACUUUCGAAGAAGUUUUCUUAGAGGAUAAUGCAACUUUCACGUGUAGAGCUGAAAAUCCUUUGGGUGUAAUAGAAUCAACCGCAAACUUGAAUGUUGAACCAUUGGAGCCAACAGAAAUUCCUACAUUCUCCGUUCCAUUGUCUAAUGUAAUGGCACGUGCAGGUCAAAAAAUUAAAUUAGAGUGUUCAUUCUCUGGUAUCCCAGAACCGAAAAUUUCAUGGACUCAUAAUGGUCAUUUACUUCAAGAAUCUCACGAUGUCAAGUUACUUUGUCAGAAUAAUACAGCGACAUUAAUUGUUCCCGAAGCAUUCCCAAAAGACGCCGGUAUAUAUUCAGCAAUUGCUAGUAAUCUUGCUGGUGAAGCAGUAAGUUCAUGUAACGUUACAGUAAAAGGUCGUUUACCUGUUGAAACAUCCGAUUCAGAAUUUGCCAGUGAUAUGGAACCAAUAAAACCAAAAAUACAAACACCAUUAAAAGAUGUAUCAGUAUUUGAAGGAAGUCGGGUCCGUUUAGAUUGUGUUAUUGUUGGACAACCUGAACCGGAAGUUAUAUGGUAUCAUGAUGAUCAACCAGUAAAAGAAUCAACCGAUUUUCAAUUACUCUUCCAAGGUGAUAAGUGUUCUUUGAUUAUUGAGGAAGCCUACUUGGAAGAUGCUGGUGAAUAUAAAGCGGUUGCAAUUAACUCAGCUGGUGAAGCUACAAGUAGUUGCCGAUUAUCUGUAUCAUCAUUAGAAAUAACAGAGCAUCCAACAAGAAAACCACAACCUGAAAGAAUUCUGCCAAGUGGUUCACCUCCUGUUUUUACAAAACUUUUAUUGGAUGUAUUGAUAUCUGAAGGUGAAAGUGUUACUUUGGAAUGUGUAGUCACAGGAGAUCCUAAGCCUGAAAUUAAAUGGCUUUUAAAUAAUCAAGAAAUUAAAGAAGAUUCACGAAUCAAACUCACACAUGACGACGAUGGCAAAGUAACUUUGCAAAUUGAAAAAGUUACAUCAGACGAUCGCGGUGUUUAUACUAUUCGAGCUUCCAAUCCAAGUGGCGAUGCUAAAUGUUUUGCUCAAUUAAUUGUCAAAUCCUUACGAGGAGCACCUGAAAUAAAACCAAAGACUCCGUCUAAUGAAAUUGAAAUACCGAUACAAGUCACUGAAGAAGUUAAGAAGACUUCGACUGAAAUAAUACCGACGGUUAUUACUGACGUGACUCCAACUAGUAAUUUAAGCGAGAAAUCAUCUGUUUCAUUAACUCAAAAUGCAUAUACAAUAGAAACUAGCAGUGAAACUACUAGUAUUGUUUACAAUAACAAAUCGUGCGAAUAUAGUGACAAAUCUGAAACUGAGGUACACAAAUUUGACUUGCAUGUUGAUGAACCUUUAAAACCUAUCGAAGCUAAAAAAUCAAUUGAACAAACUGAUGUUAAGAAAAUUGAAGAAAAAACCAUUGAAAUAAUCAAGACUGAAUCUAAGCCGACGCGGAAAUUAAUACCACCCAAAUUUUUAACACCUGUUAUGGGUAAAAUUGUUGAUGAAAAUACAACAGUGGUUUUGGAAGGUGUAUUAGAAGGAUAUCCAACACCAACAGUGACCUGGACAAAGAAUGGACAUGCAAUACCAGAAAAUGAUGAACGAAUUAGUGUUACGUGGGAUUUGAACAAGACUAAAAUAGAAAUAAAAGAUGCUACAAGUGUUGAUGCAGGAAAGUAUACCUGUCAAGCCAUCAAUGAUGCUGGAUCGGCGACUUGUACUGCGGAUAUAGUUGUAAAAAAAAAAACUUUCCCUCCUGUGUUUGGUCGUCGCCUUCAAGCUCAAUUAAUCAAGAAAGGAGAACGUGUUGUAAUGGAAGUUGAAGUAACUGGACUUCCAGAUCCAACAAUUUCUUGGUUUAAAGAUGGCCAGCCAUUGACUACUGAGCCAAACAACUUAACUUUAAAAAGUCAAGGCAAUUGCCACACUUUAAUCAUCGAAAAAGCUGCGGUUGAGCAUUCUGGUAAAUAUAUGGUAAGAGCAGUUAAUUCAAGUGGUGAAGCACAAAGCAUAGCUGAUUUUGCUGUAUUUGAACCUUGCCCUGACACGAUGGUUGAAGUGGUUAAAACUUUAGUGUUUGAAGAUGCCCAAAAAUUAGAACAAUUGCAAAGUUCAGCUGAAUCAUCAUUUACGAAAACUACACAAGAGUCGAGUACGAUUGAAAAGAUAAAAUCUGCUCCAGAAGCAUCUAAAGUUCCUAUCUCUUCGAAUAUAAUUCAGACACAUGUAUCUGAACAUAAAGAAUCAAGCUAUAAUUUUGAAACGAAAUCCAUACCAACAAUCUCUCAGGAUUCGUCUAAAGUAAUUGAACAUAAAAUCGAAACCACGGAAAAAAUUGAAAAACCAGUUCCAGUUGAAAAAAAAGAACCUGUAAUAAUACAACCUAUUGAAAUAAAUAAAGAUUUAACCGAUUCAAGAACAACUAUUGAGGAUUUUCCAGAUAAAAUUAACAUCAUAGAUGAGAAUAGAAGUUUCCAACAUAGUGUGAAACAAGAAAUAUCUUUCAAUAUUAAAAAACAUUACAAUGAAGGGUACAAACCGGAAAUUUCAUUGCCUGAAGUUCCACAAAUUUUACCACAAUUUCCAAAAUUUGAAACCAAAACUGAAAUACAUCAAGAAUCUUCAAUUACAAAGCAGAUACCCAUUCAAAUAGAAACUAAAGAAGAACAAAUUGUUUUGCCAAAGUUACCUGAUGUUACACCCAUUAGUGUAUUACCUGAAGCUCCUAUUGUAACCCAAAUUCCUAUUGAAGUGCCAAAAGAAGAAGAGGAAGCGCGAAGUAUUAUUGACUCUUCAUCUAUAACCAAAGAAAGUGCUUAUGAAUUUUUUAAAACAAAGUUAGAAGAAAAUUCUGAACCAAUACCAGUAGAUAGAACUCAUUUACCCGAGAAGGUUCAACACUCAUAUAUUGAAUUUGAAAAAGCAAAAUUUUCCGAAAGUGUUCCAAAACAAGAAGUAGAAGAAAUUUGUACAAGGACUUAUGUUAAAGCACCUCCUAUUGAUGUUCGAACAGAAGACAUUAUUCGUGUCGAUCAAAAAUCUACUAAAACAGAAUUGAUUUCAGAACCAUUUAAUUUAGUACCAGAACCGCCACCAGAAAUAGGUUACAUGCCAAAAGCAUCUACUGAAUCAUACCAACGAGAGGAUAUUUCUCAUAAAAUAAAAAAACUUGAAAGUAAUCAUCAAGAGUUACCAUCAUCUCAAAUUCCAUCAGGAGGCAUUAAAAUAUAUCCAACACCUCAAGAAAAUAAUGUAGAAAAGAAAACUGAAACUACUACUACAUUUUUAAAAUCUGAACAGUAUACAAUUGAAAAAGAAGGUCCCAUUUAUCGUCCACAAGCUGAGAUAAGUACACGUCCGUUAACUCCAAAACCAUCUGCAGAAGCAAUUGAAAUGGAAAAAUUAUGGAUUCCAUCUAAAUCACCUGAACCUUAUGUGACAGAAACAAAAUCUUAUAGUUAUGAUCAACAAAUAAAAGAAAUGAAAAGUUUUGAUAGUGAACCUGGAUAUGCGGCAUCAACUUCGUCGUUUGAAACAUUAUCUUAUAGCAGACCUCAUUCAUCGUUAUCGACAUCAGUGGAAAAACCAUCUGCAGAAGGUAUUGCAAUGGAAAAAUCAUGGGCCCAUAAACAUGUUGGAUCACAUGCAAAAGUUUGGCCACCCCCAGAAACUGAAGUGCAACCAACUGCAACACCUUUAUGGACAUCAAAUUUAACAGAGUCAGUAAGUCAAACGAAACAAACCAAAGAAUACAGUUCUACACAAUAUACUCAAAAGUUCGAGUCCUCUCAGCCAAUUACUCCAGUAAUUUCUCAACCAGUUCAGUACUAUAGAUCUGAAACAUCUCAAUUGCAGCAUAAAAUGAAUAUUCCUGAAACAACUGAAUAUUCAUCUAGUAAAACCAUUAGCAGUAUGGAAUCAAAUGAAUUGGUAAUUGAAGAGAAAAAUAUUAAACCUUCAGAAGUGAAGAAAACAUCAACAUUUAUCACUAAAGACUACGAAUUAAAGUCACCAGCGAUUGUAAAAAAUAUAGAGCCAAAACGGGAGGAAAUAAAACCAUUAGAAAUUAUUCGUCCAAUUUCUGUUCAAGAUAUUACAGACGAAAUUUAUUUAGAACCUGGAUCUCCACCUGAAAUAGCUUUUGCAGAACCACCACCACAAACGCGACGAUUAUCCUAUGUGGAAACCAUUGAACAAGAAUUGGAACAAAAUUUGGAAAAAGUUCCAUCUAAAGUUUUGCCCGGAUCUGUUCGAACUAUUCCCCCACCGCCACCACCUAAAGAAAAAUCUUUACCUCCAGUAUUACCUCCACGUAAGGAAAAAUUGGCAACUCCUCCUCCUUUACCAGCUAAGCCUGCAUUCAUAAAACCAAUACCAAGUUACGAACCUUUACCCCCAAAAGAGUUUAAAGAAGAAAAAUUCAGUUCAACUUCAAUGACAUCAAGUUUUGUAACAGAAAGUAGUACAAUUAAAGAUAUAGGUUUUCGUAGUGUUAAGCCACCAACUACACUACCUAGAUCCAAAUCCACCGAACCAUACAUACCCCCACCAAAUUUCGUAACACCUACAAUUCAACAAAUUCAACGUCCAUUUUCUACAAUUUCUUCAACAACUACGCAUAAAACAUUUACAUCACACACUUUACCACGUAAGAAAUCACCACCAAAGUCACUGUCACCAAUUAAUUUACAACCAGGGUCACCGCCUGAAUAUUUACGAGCUGAAGCACCAAAAUCACCUCAAGUUAAACCAAAGGUAGCAGAUACCGGUUAUAUGGCUGACACGGAUGAGCCAUUUAUUCAAUAUAAAUCGAAUAUAAGCAGCACUCAAGAAACUCAUACUGUCCAAGAAAAACAUUUUUACCAUAAAAAAGUUGAUCAGAAACAUAUUUCAAGAUCAACAGCACAAAAUCAUGUUAUGAAAGAAGAUAAAAAAUAUGUUAGGCAAAAUUCAGCUCCUUCAAAAACACUUACCACACCUGAAAUUGUAAAGAAAUAUGAAAUUGAAACCAAAAUACAACGUGAUGAACGAGAUUCCAGUUUAGAAGCAUUUCCAUAUAAACCUGAUCCACCACGUACUAAACGUACAAAAUGCCCACCACCACCAAGCCCAUCAAAAUUCAUCAAGGGCGAAUUCCGAGAAAGCGACUACGAGAGUGAUUUUGAUGGACGAAUUCAACCAAUUUGGAAUAAAGGUGAUAAACAUUAUAAACCAAUCCAUCCUGUUUUAAAUUGUAAUAAUCGUCCACAAUCUGUUACCAAAUCACCAAUACCCCCAACAGAAUUUGACAAUCCACCGAAAAUCGAUGGACCCCCACGUCCUAAAUUUGAGCCAAUUGAAAAACCAAAACAAGUAUAUAGUAAAUUUCAUGAAAAAUCACAAACUACACAAAAACAACAAACACUUAUUAAACCAAAAGCAAUUUCGGCACAAUUGGUAGGUUCUCCAAUUACCCCUAAAACAACCACUGUUAUAAACUAUAUUAAACCUGGUUCUCCACCUGAGCUAAGUUAUGCCCCUCCACCACAAAAAGUACAAUAUUAUCGCUCUACAACCAGUGCACCAUAUCACAACGCAACACAAACUGAAACUUCCAAUAUUGUACAAUUCAAUGAAUCUACUGAAAACUCACACCGAGUUGUAAACAUACAACAAACUACAAAAAUUAUUAAAUUUGGUGAUAAACCAAAGAGUAAAAUCACUGAAAUUACACCACAAUCAAAUAAUAUCUACCUACGCCGUGGAAGUUUACCACAAACACCAACUCCAUCGAAAUUUAUAAGAGGUGAGUUUCGAGAAAGCGAUUAUGAAAGCGAAUUUGAAUCAGCAAAGAUACGUCCAAAAUGGGCACCUGGUGAUAGUGAUACAGAUGAACCACAUUAUCGACGUGUUCGAGCUCCAGCUAUGCAUCGUUCAUCAAGUGUACCUGCACGUAAAGAACGUGUCUUGACUCCAAUGGAGUUUGAUACACAACCCCCAUUAAUGCCAACCAAAAUAACAUUUGAAUCCAAUGAUGACGAAAGAGCUAAAAAGUCUGUUCGAAGACAAUUCAGCAAAGAUUUUAAACAACAACAGCAGCGUAACGUCUCUAAAGUGUCUAAAGUAAUUGCACCAUAUAACAAUAAUAUUCAACCAGGAUCACCACCAGAAUAUGGGUAUAUUCCAUCACAAACUGUUGCGUCUACUGCAACAAAAAUUGCUACGAAACAUAUGGAUGAAAUGACAAGUACUUUCAAAUCAAAAGCACAGCAAUUUGCGCAGGAUAUUAUGACAGAUGUGAAUAAGAAACAGCAACCAAAACAAACAAAAUCAAUUACAAAGGGUACAGAUUCAGAUGCUCAAGUUUAUCGCGAAGAAUCUAGAAUUGCUCAACAUGGUACAAAACAUGUUGAUCCUGAUACUGGUUUAAUAUACUUUAAAUAUGAUUUUGGUUACGAAUUCGGAAUUGUUUUACCCGGCGUGGGUAAAAAUGGUGAAAUUCCUCAACCAACAAAAACAAUAAUUGCUCCACCUAAAAGAGAUUCAGAUAUUGAAGUACCAAUAAUUCAUGAAAGCACUAGUGGUUCAUCGUCAAUUAAAAAAGGUGCCAGAAAAGUACCAAAAUAUGAUUCAGAAAGUGAAUUAUCUGAAAUGGCCGAUACAGAUUUUAAUCGACGUAAACGAGUUAAUAGUUUACCACAACCCAGUGAUUAUUCAACACAAAAUCCACCAUAUAUACGAAUACCAAAUACACCAAGUCCUAACUCUCUAUCACCAAGUAUACCCAGUAUUUCUCCAGCUUACAAUAAUUUGGGUUAUCAAGUUGAAACACCAACCAGUGCCUUAUCAAGUCCACGAAAUAUUCAAUCGGACCAUAUCCGUCCUUCUGACCAGCCCCCAAAACCACCAAUGUUUAUAACUCCACUUCGUGAUAUAGCUGUUAUUGCUGGACAAACUGCCAAAUUUGAGUGUAUUGUACAAGCUGAACCAACACCAAAUAUUAUAUGGACAAAGAAUGGUCGAAUCAUUGCAAAUUGUUCCGAUUAUCAAGCAUAUUACAGGAAUGGAGUAUGUCGUUUGACUAUACCCAAAGCAUAUCCAGGUGAUGCUGGAACGUAUAAUUGUACUGCAACAAAUUCACAAGGCACUGCAAGUACAACAGCAAAUCUUCAAGUGCCAGGUGAGCGUCUAAUCCAACAGCAAACAGGUGGUAGACAACAAAUAUUAAUUCCUGUACUUCCAGGUGGUGUAUCACCACCAAUAUUUGAACAAAUCUUCCGAAAUGCACGAUUUGCUCAAGGUGGUAAUGCAUUAUUCGAAGGUAAAGUAGUUGGUAAUCCAAAACCAACAGUAUCAUGGACACGAAAGGGAGUACGAUUAAUGGAAUCACAUAAAUAUAAAAUGACAUACAAUGAUCAAACAGGAAUUGUAACAUUACUAAUAAAUAAAAUCGGUCCAGGAGAUGAAGGCGAAUAUACAUGUACAGCAGUUAAUCAAUAUGGUGAAGCUAUUUGUUCCGUCUUUAUCCAACCAGAAGGUUUUCCAGUACAACAACAACCACAACAACAGAGUUAUUCCAAAGAAGUGUAUCAACAUACCGAAAAAUAUUCGAAUGGACACACUAGCGUAACAGAAGAUUUCAAAGUUGAUACAUUCGAAUACCGAUUAUUACGUGAAGUUUCAUUUCGUGAAUCAAUUACCCGCCGUUAUGUAACUGAAACUGAUACAGAAAUAUCAACGGUGGUCGAACGUGGGCCAAUAGCACCACCACAAAUUCAACAAAAGCCUCGUAACUCUAAACUAUUAGAGGGUGCUGAUGCGCUAUUUUCAGCUAAAGUUGCUGCAAAUCCAAAACCACGUUUGACAUGGUUUAAAAAUGGACAAAGACUUGUUCAAAAUGAAAAAUACGAAUCAAUUUAUUCAAAUAAUCAAGCAUCACUUCGAGUACGUAAUGCACAAGGAGAUGAUUCUGGUCAUUACACUUUAUUAGCAGAAAAUCCACAAGGAUGUGUUGUGUCAUCAGCUUAUUUAGCAAUUGAACCAACAAACACCCAAGAGGGUAUUAUACGUGAAACAACAAUGAAAACUACACAACAGCAAUAUGAAACUACCCAAUCAGAAGCUGGAAAAUCACUGCCACCAAACUUCGUCAGAGUUUGCAGUGAUCGUGAAGUGACUGAGGGCAAAAUGACACGCUUCGAUUGUCGUGUUACUGGUCGACCAUAUCCCGAAGUGACAUGGUACAUUAAUGGACGACAAGUCGCUGAUGAUGCUACACAUAAAAUUUUAGUAAAUGAAUCUGGAAAUCAUGCGUUAAUGAUUACAAAUGUUAGUCGUGCCGAUGCUGGAGUCGUUACAUGUAUCGCUAGAAAUAAAAGUGGGGAAACAUCUUUCCAAUGUAAUUUCGGUGUUAUUGAAAAAGAACAAGUUGUUGCACCUAAAUUUGUAGAACGUUUCACUACUGUGAAUGUUAAAGAAGGAGAACCAGUCACCCUACAUGCAAGGGCUGUUGGUACUCCAAUCCCCCGAAUCACUUGGCAGAAGGAUGGCGUUUCAAUAGUAUCUAGCCCCGAGUUACGCAUUACAGUAGAUGGUGGUGCCACAACUUUAGAUAUAUCAAGAGCCAAGGCGUCGGAUGCAGCUUGGUAUCAAUGUACUGCACAAAAUGUUGCUGGCUCCACUGCUACUAGAGCACGAUUAUUCGUUGAAACACCGCAAAUUGAAACUUCUGAACCUUGGCGUUUGCAUUUGCCAAGGCCUACAAAAGUUAUUGAACCAGAACCGGCUCCUGGUCCAGAAGUUAUUUAUUUGCGUCAUGUUGAAAGACCAAAACCACACUUACCGCAGUCUGAAGAUGACAAAAUAUAUCCACCUCCACAAUUUAUCAUACCAUUACAAAAUGUGGUACAGAUAGAGGGUGGACGUGUACAUUUCGAAGCUCGAAUCGAACCUGUAGGUGAUCCUACAAUGCGAGUUGACUGGUACUUAAAUGGAAAACCUUUGGAAGCCAGCUCUCGUACAACUAUUACUUUCCGUUUUGGAUUUGUUGCUCUCGAUCUAAUUAGUAUUGUACUAGCCGACAGUGGAGAAUACACUUGUGUUGUUACAAGUGCCACUGGUCAAGUUCAAUGCAGUGCAAUUUUAAGCGUUCAACAAAAAUCAACAAUUGAACGUUCUAGUCAACAUCCAGAUAGUCUGCAAUACAUUCAACAAUUAGAAGAUUAUUCAAAAUACCAACGUUCUGAAAGUAUUGAAGAAUCUUACACACAAAAACCACAAUUCAUCCGUCCACUCCAUGAUUUAGGCGAUUUACAAGAAGGCCGAAAUGCUCAUUUCGAAGCCCAAUUGACUCCCGUAAGCGAUCCAACAAUGAAAGUGGAGUGGUAUAAGGAUGGUUAUCCAAUCACAGCUAGCUCUCGGAUUACUACAAUUUUCAACUUUGGCUACGUCUCUCUUAACAUCAUGCACCUACGGGCUGAAGAUGCAGGAUUGUAUACCGUGAGGGCUGUGAAUCGUAUGGGUGAAGCUAUAUGCAAUUCAUCACUAAAAGUAAUUACAAGAACAAGUGUAACUGCAGACUUAGGUAUUCCUGAGCAACAACGAUACAUUGAAAAAGUUGAAGAGUUAGAAGCUUAUCAACAACAAUUACAUAGCAAAUAUGUACAAGAACAACCCGAAAGCACAACACCACCAGAAUUUAAAAGUCCAAUUAAAGAUCAAAUUAAUAUUCGUGAAGGAGGAUUUGCUCAUUUUGAAGCUCGCCUCGAACCAAUUGGUGACUCUACUUUACGCGUGGAAUGGUUGAAAGAUGGAAGGCCCGUUGAAGCCAGUUCACGUAUUACAACUUUCUUUAACUUUGGUUAUGUUGCAUUAACAAUAAAAUAUGUAACUAUUCAUGAUAUUGGAAAUUAUACUUGCCGAGCAUACAACUCUUUAGGGCAAGCCACAACUACAGCACAAUUAAGUGUCUUAAGUAAGAACGAUAUUAUUUUCGAUUCACAACAUCCAGGUGGUUUACAAAAAAUACAAACAUUAGAAGAUAGUUCACGUUACAAUCGUAAAUCUGAUGAAGAGGUUACAGUUACUCAAAAACCAAGAUUUUUGGGUCCACUUAAAGGAACAACUAAAAUUGUGGAAGGACAACGUGCUCAUUUUGAAAUUCGUGUUGAGCCACAAAAUGAUCUUACCAUGAAAAUUGAAUGGUAUUUCAAUGGAAAAGCAAUUAUGAGCGCUAAUCGUAUUCAAACUUACCAUGAUUUCGGGUAUGUCGCUCUUGACAUUUUAGGUGUUAGAGCCGAAGAUACUGGUACAUACACUGUAGUUGCUCGUAACGCUCUUGGCGAAGCGCAAAUGUCAACUACCAUGCAAGUUGAAACUCGUUCUAGCAUUGACACAUCUAGCAUGCAUCAUACAUCUUACGAAAAAACUCGGCAAUUAGAAAGUGGUAAAUUUGUUGAACCACAAUAUCAAAUCGAAGAAAUUUCAAAAUCAAAACCAAUAUUCGUUCAGCCAUUAUCUGAUCCAAAACCAAUCAAUGAGGGUAAAAAUAUUCAUUUAGAAGGGCGUCUUGAACCAAUGGGUGAUCCAACAAUGCGCGUAGAAUGGUUCUGUAAUGGUCGUCCGAUUACAGUUGGUUCACGUUUUAGAACAUACUACGAUUUUGGAUUUGUUGCCCUUGACAUUGUUCACGCUACUGCUUUAGAUUCCGGUGAAUAUACUUGCCGUGCUACAAAUCAUUUAGGAAGUUCUCAUUCAUCAGCUUGCGUUCGUGUCGUCGGACGAUCUGAUAUUGUAACCGAAACUCAAAAUGAACAAUCUUUGGAACAAAUUCAAAUGUUAGAAGAUGCUUCUCGUUAUCGUAAACAUAUUAGCGAAGAUGUUCAAAUUGUUCAAGCACCUCAAUUCACACGACCACUACAUAAUAUUGAAACCAUUGAAGGAACAAAUAUUCACAUGGAAUGUCGUUUACAACCCGUAGGCGAUCCUUCAAUGAGAGUUGAAUGGUUCGUCAAUGGAUUCCCUGUAAAAACUGGUCACAGAUUCCGACCUGCAUAUGAUUUCGAUUAUGUGGCACUUGAUUUACUUAGUGUAUAUCCUGAAGAUUCUGGUGUGUACACAUGUCAAGCUCGUAAUCAAUUGGGAGAAGCAGUAACCUCAUGCUCAGUACGUGUAAUUGCAAAGAAAGACCUCUUAUUAGAAACUCAUCAUGCUUCUGGUCUUGAGAAAAUCCAAUACUUGGAAGAUAGUUCACGAUACAAGAAAUCUGAACAUAUUGAUGAAGUCGUGAAUGUAAAACCUAAAUUCUUAACAAAACCAAAAAGUUUAGAAAACAUGCGUGAAGGCCAACAUGCUCAUUUCGAAUGCAAAUUAGAACCAGUUACGGACCCUAAUUUGAAAGUUGAAUGGUAUAAGAAUGGUCGUCCCGUUACUAUUGGGCAUCGUUUCAGGCCAAUCCAUGAUUUUGGAUAUGUAGCAUUAGAUAUUGUUGAUCUAAUUGCUGAAGAUUCUGGUGUAUACACAUGCCGUGCAGUAAACUUGGUUGGUACAGAUGAAACAACGGUUUCCUUAAAAUGUCGUGGUACCGCACAAAUUAUAACAGGUACACAAAAUGAACAAGGUUUGGAACAAAUUCAUUACCUAGAAGAUCGUACUAAAUAUCAACGCAGUGAAAUUUCUGAUGAAAUCACAAAACAAGCACCAAUAUUUACAACUUCAUUGAAAAAUAUAGAAAUCAAAGAAGGGCAACGAGCUCAUUUUGAGUGUCGAUUGAUACCAGUUUCUGAUUCAACCAUGAAAGUAGAAUGGUUCCAUAAUAAUGUACCAGUGAAAUCUGGUUCACGAUUUACUGAAACCAAUAACUUUGGUUUUGUAGCUUUAGAUAUCAUGUAUUGUUAUCCUGAAGAUGCAGGAAUUUAUACAUGUAGAGCAACAAAUGCUCUUGGUGAAGCAGUAACUUCAGCGAGCUGUGUUGUACACUCUAAGAAAUCAAUUUAUAUGGAAUCACAACAUGAAGGAGCAUUAAACCGAUUACGUACACUGGAAGAUUCUAGUCGAUACAAGCGCACAAGUGCAGUUGAAGAAACUGUUACUCAAGCUCCAGUAUUCACUUUACCAGUGCGUGAUUUACGAGUAGCUGAAAAUCAAGCUGCUCACUUCGAAGCUCGAUUAAUUCCAGUUGGCGAUUCACGACUAAAAGUAGAAUGGUUGCGAAAUGGUGUUCCAAUAGAGGCCAGUAAUCGUUUAACCACAAUGCACGACUUUGGAUAUGUUGCGCUUAAUAUGAAAUAUGUUAAUCCGGAAGAUUCUGGUACAUAUACUUGCAGAGCAACCAAUGAUUUAGGAGAAGCUGUAACAUCAGCCACAUUAUUUGUCCAAUCUAAAGCUUCAUUGCAACUGGAAACUCAACAUGAAACUGCUUUACAAAAAAUACAUCAACUAGAAGAUAGUACAAAGUACCAACGCCGUGAAGAGGAUGAAAUAACUGUUACCCAAGCACCUCGAUUUGUGACUCAAUUGAAUGGACCGACCAAUUUGGUAGAAGGUCAAAGUGCUCACUAUGAAUGCCGUAUUGAACCAUAUCCAGAUCCAAACUUAAAAGUUGAAUGGUUUUGUAAUGGCCAACCUUUGCAAACCGGUCAUAGAUUCCGUACCGCAUACGAUUUUGGAUUUGCAUCUUUGGAUGUUUUAACUGUUUAUGGAGAAGAUACCGGAGAAUACACAUGCAAAGCUACAAACAGACUUGGUACUGCUCAAUCAUCAAUAAAACUUAAUGUGAAAUCACGUUCAUCAAUUAUACUCGAUACUCAACAUGAAGGCGCAUUACAAAAGAUUCAAUAUUUGGAAGACGAUUCUAAAUACAAACGUACUGGUGUUGAAGAUCAAAUCGUUAUUGAAAAACCACAAUUUGGUCGUCCACUGAAGAGCAUUGAAAACUUACCAGAAGGAAAGAGUGCUCAUUUAGAAGCCACUCUAACGCCAGUAAAUGAUCCUACUAUGCGUGUUGAAUGGUAUUGCAAUGGAAGACCAAUUCCAAAUGGUCACAGAUUCAAGACCACAUACGAUUUUGGAUUUGUGGCACUUGAUAUUUUAUACGCUUAUGCUGAAGAUUCCGGCACAUACAUGUGCAAAGCACGUAAUGCAGCUGGUGAAGCAGUAACUACAUGUGCAAUUAAUGUAAAAGCCAAAUCUGGAUUGCUCUUAGAUACACUUGAUGAGCAACGAUUACAAAAGAUUCGAGAUUUAGAAGCAUGUGAAGAACCACAAAAACAAGAAAUUGAGCCAGAACAGCAAAAACCAAUAUUCAUAACACCAUUAGUCAGUUUGGAGAAUCUCAAAGAAGGUAAUCACGCCCAUUUAGAAUGCCGCGUUACACCUGUUAGUGAUCCUAACAUGAAAAUUGAAUGGUUCGUUAAUGGAAUUGCAAUUCGUGCUAGUCACAGAUUCCGUACAACUCAUGACUUUGGAUAUGUUGCUCUUGAUAUAUUGUAUGUGUGGCCAGAAGACACUGGUACUUACAUUUGUAAGGCAACUAAUUUGGUUGGAGAAGCAGUCAAUACUUGUAAUAUUAAAGUAGCCUCACGCCGAAGUAUUCUUCUAGAAUCUCAUCAUCCCGAUGGAUUAGAAAAGAUAAGAGAAUUAGAAGCUCAAGGACAUCCACAACGCUUGGAAGUAGAAGAACCAAUUCCAACACCACCACGAUUUGUUACAGAACUUCGUGGUACAACUAGUGUAUUUGAAGGUCAAACAGCUCAUUUUGAAUGUCAAGUUGAGCCAAUUCAUGAUCCUAAUUUACGAAUUGAAUUCUUCCACAAUGGAAAGUCUUUACCGUCAGCAUCACGUUUCCAUAUUACAUUUGAUUUUGGAUAUGUGGCAUUAGACAUAAGCCAUUGUGUACCAGAAGAUGCCGGCGAAUAUUCAGUGAAAGCUAUUAAUAAUUUGGGACAGUGUACAUCGUCUAUUAAUUUGAGAGUAACCGCCAAAGGUAACAUAAUUUUAGAUUCACAACGUCCAGAAGGUUUGGAGAAAAUACGUCAAUUAGAAGAACAAACUCCAUACAAACGUCCAGAAAUUCCUGAUCCACAAACAAGACAACGACCAGUUUUCACACAACCAUUACAAAAUAUCGAUAAUAUUAUUGAAGGUCAAGUUGCCCACUUUGAAUGUAGAUUGAUUCCGGUUGGUGAUCCUACAUUGAAAGUAGAAUGGUUUAGAAACGAAAAGAUUUUGGAAGAUAGUUCACGUAUCACUAAAGUUCACGACUUUGGUUUUGUAUCAUUAGAUAUAACACACAUUCGUGAUGAUGACGAAGGUGUUUACAUGUGUCGUGCAUCUAAUGCUCUUGGAGAGGCUGUAACAACUGCUUCAAUGAAAAUUAAAACAAAAGCUAGUAUUCAAUUAGAAACUCAACACCCAGAGGGAAUGCGCCGUAUUCAGCAACUCGAACAACCAACGCAAAGACGGAGUGAAGAAAGAGAUCGUGUAUUUGAAAAACCAAUUUUCACACAAUUACUCACUGGACCUUCAGAAUUAUGGGAAGGACAACAUGCCCGCUUUGAAUGUCGAGUUGUACCCGUUGGAGAUCCAAAUCUAAGAUUUCAGUGGUUUGUGAAUGGUGUCGAAUUAAAGAAGGGAUCAAGAUUCCGAGUAACUCAUGACUUUGGAUAUGUAACACUUGAUAUAAAUUCAGUCGUAACUGAAGAUUCAGGUGUGUACAUGUGCAAGGCAAUUAAUUUAGCAGGCGAAGCCGUUACUUCUACCUCACUUAAAGUACGCGCUCGUUCAGCCAUUGCUGGUGAACCAUUACAGCCCGAUGCAUGGCAAAAGAUUCAAUUAAAAGAAGCAGAGAUGAAUCGUGUCCCUGAAAUGUUUGUCGAGACCACACCACAACAAGCUCCAGUGUUUACAACACAUUUGAAGAGCUACGAUAAUCUAGCAGAAGGUCAACAUGUUUACCUAGAAGCACAAGUUGAACCUAGAACCGACCCUAACCUACGUGUUGAGUGGUUCAAAAAUGGAGUGUCACUUACUACUGGUACAAGAAUUCGCAGUACAUUUGAUUUUGGCUUAGUUUCACUUUCGAUUAACGGUUUACGUCAAGAUGACUCUGCUAUUUAUACAUGUAAAGCUACUAAUUUACUUGGUGAAGCUGUGUCUACAUGUACAUUGAAAAUCGCAGAUCAUCAUUGGUUAAUUGAUCAUUCAUUACAUCCAGAUGCAAUGCCAAUCAUUGAGGCUUUAGAAAAACCAGGUGCAGAGAAACCUACUGAACCUGAACCAACAUAUGAAUCACCCGUUGUUAUAUCACAUCUUAACAAUGUUGAAUGUACUGAAGGUGAUAAUGUUCACUUUGAAUGCACCGUUGAGCCAUCUAAGGAUCCAACAUUAAGAAUUGAGUGGUUUGUUAAUGGAAAACCUCUUCCAUCGGGUGCAAGAUAUAAGUCAACAUACGACUUUGGAUAUGUUUCAUUAGAUAUAAAUCACGCUUAUGAAGAAGAUUCGGGUAUUUACACAUGUAAAGCUAUCAAUUCUAAAGGUUCAGCUACAACAUCUGGAUCAUUACGUUGCACAAGUAAAGAAAGUAUUUACAGACAAACGCAACAUCCACAAGGAAAGGCUGGUUUAGAAGCAGUAGAAGAAACUGAACAAGAAUUAGCUAAUAGAUAUAAACCAAAAGACUUGGGAGCCGACCAUGAGUUCCCAAAACCAAUUUGGACUACUCCUUUACAACCAGAAUUUUCAUUAGGAGAAGCACAGGCUUUACACUUGGAAGCCAAUGUUGAACCAAAAGAAGAUCCUGACUUAAAGAUUGAAUGGUUCUUUAAUGGUAAAUCAUUGGAUCAUGGUUCACGAUUUAAAAUGACUAGUGAGUUUGGAUUUGUAACACUGGAUUUAACAGAAGUUUAUGAAAGAGAUCAAGGAAUUUACACAUGCAAAGCCUGGAAUAAAUCCGGAGAAGCGUAUACUUCAACUACAAUCUACUGCAGUUCAAAGGAAAAUCUAAUUGAACGUACUCAACAUCCAAAGGGUAAAGAAGGUUUGGAAGCUAUUCAAGAUUUAGAAGAUUCUUUAAAGAGACCAGAAGGAUCAGCAGCAGAAGCUGAAGAUGGACAUGCUCCUAAAUUCACAUCUCAACCACAAGAUUUAAGCAAUUUGAGUGAAGGAGAAAUCGCUCACUUUGAAGCAUCUUUAACACCAACAGGUGACCAAACAAUGAAAGUCGAAUGGUUUUAUAAUGGUGAAGUCCUAAAAGCAAGUCAUCGCACUCGUACAGUGUAUGCAUUCGGUAUGGUUGUAUUAGAAAUUUUAGGUACUAAAAUUGAAGAUACUGGUACUUAUACUUGCCGUGCAACUAACAAAUGGGGCAAAGACGAGAUAAGUGUAAACUUAGAAUGUGUUGAAAAAACCAAAGGACAAAAACCUAAAUUCACAACACAAAUACAAAAUAUUGAAGGCUUGAAGGAUGGAGAAUCUGCUCAUUUCGAAUGUACGCUAAUACCAGUCAACGAUCCAAAAUUGAAAGUUGAGUGGUUCCAUAAUGGCCAACCAUUAUUGCAAUCAUCAAGGAUAAAAUCAGUAUCCGAUUUUGGAUUUGUAGUAUUAGAUAUUUCAUAUAUUCAAAACCAUGACUCAGGAGAGUAUGUCUGUAAAGCUAGUAAUUUAUACGGAGAGGAUUAUACUAAAGCUACUAUUUCCGCUUAUGGAAGAGGUGGUGUAUACUCAGACAGUUUACAACCAGAUUCAUUGGCUCGUAUUAGAGAGCUGGAAAGUCAACAAGGGCAACAACCUCAAACACCAACAACACCGGUAGCAGAGCCUCCUAAAUUCAUAACCCAAAUAAGUGACGUUACCAAGUUAGUUGAAGGACAAAGUGCACACUUUGAAGCACGCUUAACUCCAGUAACAGAUCCUGAUCUAAAAGUAGAAUGGUAUUACAAUGGAAAGAAAUUACCCCAUGGUCACAGAUACAGAACCUUCCAUGAUUUUGGAAUAGUUAUUUUAGACAUUUUAUACUGUUAUGAAGAAAAUUCUGGUGUCUAUGAAUGUCGCGCUGUUAAUAAAUAUGGUGAAGAUUCUACCAAAGCAACAUUGAAGUGCGUCUCCAAAGCAAACUUAAUCUUGGACUCGCAACUGCCGCGGGGCAUGGAAGGUGGUUUGGAAAAAAUUCAAACCUUAGAAGACUCACUUGUUCGAACCCGAGAAGAAAGAGAAAUUGAAGCGAAGGGCAAAGCUCCUGUAUUUACAGUACCAUUAUCAAACAUUGAAGGACUUAAAGAAGGAGAAAAUGCUCAUUUCGAAGCACGAUUGACACCAACGGAUGAUCCAAAAUUAAAGGUUGAAUGGUUCUGGAAUGGCAAACCAUUAAAAGCUGGAUCACGUUUCCGUACAUUCUGUGACUUUGGUUUCGUAAUUCUUGAAAUAUCUCCAAUAUAUCCCGAAGACUCGGGCGAAUAUUCAUGCCGUGCCUUUAAUGACUAUGGUGAAGCUGUCACUACUGCUACCAUGAAAAUACAAGGCAAACGUAGCAUUAUUUUAGAAUCCCAACUACCAAAAGGAAUGGAGGGAACCAUUGACAAAAUUGCAGAAUUAGAGGGAUUGGGUACUGGCUCUCACCAAAUGCCACCAGAAGAUGACAGUGGCAAACCCCCAGAAUUUAUUACAACGCCAUCAGAUUUAGCUUUGGCUGAGAAUUCCUUAGCUCAUUUCGAAUGUAGAUUAACUCCAGUUAAUGAUCCAAGUAUGCGUGUAGAGUGGUUCCAUAACGGAAAACCACUUCUUGCUGGAUCAAGGGUGAAAACCAUUAACGAUUUUGGAUUUGUUAUUUUGGAAAUUUCUGGUUGUUAUCAACGUGAAUCUGGACUUUAUACCUGCAAAGCUACAAACAAACAUGGUGAAGCUACCGUGUCAUGCAAAUUGCAAGUACGAGGUCGUACUGGAAUUGUAAUGGAACCUCAGUUACCAAACAAUUUCAGAACUGGUACAGAGAGUAUUCAAAAAUUGGAAGAAUCUUUAUACAAACGUGAUGAAAUUCUAGCCGAGGAAGAGGAACCAAAUCCACCUAAAUUUACUGUAGAAUUGAAAGACAAUUUGGAUGUGCCAGAGGGUGGACCAAUUCACUUUGAUUGUCGUGUAGAACCUGUUGGUGACCCAACAAUGAGAAUUGAUUGGUUCCAUAAUGGCCGCCCAUUUGCAACUGGAUCUCGAGUUCAUAUGUUGAACGAUUUUGGUUUUAUUGCGUUAGAUAUGGAUUAUACAUAUAUUAGAGAUUCUGGAGAAUAUAUUUGUAGAGCAACCAAUAAAUGGGGUUCUGCAACUACUAAAGCUUCAAUUACUAUCAAAUCUAAACGUAGUGUAGAUUUUGAAUCUCAGUUACCAACAGGUAUGAGUGCAGAAAAACUUAAAGAUUUAGAGCGUGGACCUGUAAGUGAAGCUCCUAAAGAAGAUGCUGAACAUGGCCCACCAAAAUUCACUACACAAAUACAAUCAGCUACAGUUGAAGAAUCACAGGCUGUUCGUUUUGAAUGUCAUGUUGAACCUAAAGAUGAUCCAAAUCUUCGCAUUGAAUGGUACAGAAAUGGAAAACCAUUACCAUCUGGUCACAGAUACCGCACAGUUUAUGAUAUGGGCUUUGUAUCGUUGGAUAUUCUUUAUGUAUAUCAAGAAGAUUCUGGUGAAUAUGUUUGCCGUGCUGUAAAUAAAUACGGCGAAGAUAGAACCAUAGCAUCCAUUUCAUGUAAAGAAUUGCCAUCAAUUAUUUUACAAAAUCAAGUACCUAAGGGCAUGAAGAGAUCAGAACAAUUGAUGCAAAUGGAAGCCACAAUCAAAAAAUAUACAUCGGAAAUAUUCUUAACAGAAGAUGAUUUGUACGAUCCAGAUCGUAAACAACCACCACGAUUUGUUACACAAAUUCAAGAUCAAACUUCUCUUGUAGAAAUGCAAAGCACUAAAUUUGAAUGUCAAUUAGCUCCUGUCGGUGACCCUAAUAUGAAAGUUGAAUGGUUCUUUAAUGGAAAACCACUUCUACACAAAAAUCGUUUCACACCUAUAUACGAUUUUGGAUAUGUUGCUAUGAACUUCGGUUGGGUAUACCCUGAAGAUAGCGGAGAAUACUUAUGUAGAGCAACAAAUUUGUAUGGAAUGGACGAAACUAGAGCCAUUAUUAAAACAGCUGGUAAACCUGGAAUUAUUUAUGAAUCUCAAUUACCGAAAGGUAUGAAGAGUAUCGAAAAGAUUCGAGAAAUGGAAGCUGCUUGGCAAGUUGUACCCGAUGAGCCCGAAGAAGCAGCUAAAUCACGUUGUGCGCCAAUUUUCGUCAGUAAACCAGAACCAGUAACUGUUGAAGAAGGUGACUGGUCGCGGUUCUGUUGUCGUGUAACUGGUUUCCCAAGACCAAGAGUAAUGUGGUUAAUUAAUGGACACACCAUUGUCAAUGGAUCUCGAUACAAACUAACCUACGAUGGAAUGUACCAUAUGGACAUUCCAAAGACAAGACAAUAUGACAAUGGUGUUGUUGAAGUAAUUGCAAGAAGUUCUGUUGGUGAAGCUUUAGCCACCACAGAAUUAAAAGUCGUACCUAGAAAGGAUGAUUUCCGUGGUGUAUUGAAAAAUUCACCAAGACCAUGGUACGACUACAAUCUAACACAAUACCAAAAAGAUCGUGAAACUGAAUUGGAACGUGUAUUUGAUGAACGCACACAACAAGAACGUACUAUAAUUACUGGUGACCAAUUCAAACCAAAAGUAGCAAAUGAACCUGAAACAGAAUGGCAACAAACAGUUAAAAAGAAGAAAAACGAAGAUUAUUAUUCAAAGAUACAUGAACUUGAAAAUGAACAAGUUGUUAAAGAAGCACGUAUUCGGGAAGCAAAUCAUCAAUUCGCCAUUCCCGGUGAAAAAAUUGUUAAUGCUUCUGUUGCAAAAGGCAUGGCGCAACGAUAUCAAGAUAACUUGUAAGAAACACAAACCAAAAAAUCAGCAGUACCACCUGGCCCAACUGAAUCUGGUGUACAUGCAAAAGAAAUUCAUGUAGCAAAACAAAAACAAACUCAAAAAGAAACUAAAGGAGACCUAGAGAUUACACGUAAAAUAACAGCAACUGAAACAACUGAAAUGGAACAUAAGAAUAAAACAACUGAACGUGUUGUACAAGGACAAGUUUUACCAUCAACACCACCAUUCUUUACUAAAAAGAUUCAACCAUGUCGUGCGUUCGAAAAUGAACGUGCGCGAUUCGAAGUUGAGUACGACGGUGAUCCAUUGCCUACUAUUAAAUGGUUCCGUGAAGAUUGUCUACUCAAGAAUUCACCAGAUUUCCAAAUUCAUACAAUGAGCACUAAAUCAAUUUUGGUAUUACGUCAAGUUAUGCUAGAAGAUUCUGGUGUAUUCUCAGUAAUUGCUGAAAAUCGUGGUGGUACAGCCAAAUGUAGUGCCAAUUUAGUUGUGGAACAAAAACGACGUACUGGACGCGGAGGUGUAAUACCACCAAAUUUCAUUGCAACAAUUCAUGAUGCAAAUGUACCUGCUGGUCAAUUAGUACGUUUUGAUGCUCGCAUUCAAGGUACCAAGCCAUUGGAUGUAUAUUGGUUGAAGAACGGCAAGAAAAUCACACCAGACAUUCGGUACAAAACUUUAGAAGAAGAUAAUACGUAUACAUUAAUAAUUCUUGAAGUAGUUCCCGAAGAUGCUGCUAAAUAUGAAUGUGUGGCUAUUAACAAUGCUGGUGAAGCUCGUUGUGAAGCUGAAUGUGUUGUACAAGCUCCACAAUCGCCAAAGAAAACUCAAAAACCAUCAACACCUGGUGCUGAAAAAGAGCCAAUUAUUGCUCAACCCCUUAAAAACCAAAUUGUAAAAGAAGGACAAGCAAUUGCAUUCAAAUGUAAAAUUGUUGGUAAACCAACACCAACUAUUACAUGGCAAAAAGGUGACAAAACAAUUAAACCAUCAAAAUAUUUCCAAAUGGUAAAAGAAGGUGAUAAUUGUAUUUUAAAAAUAUCAGAAGCUUUCCCAGAAGAUGAAGGAGUUUAUACAUGUACAGCCACAAAUCCAGCUGGUACUACUAAAACAUCAGCUAGUUUAAAAGUUGCUGCACCCGAUAAUCAAGAUGUUGCGCCAUCACUCACCCCCAUGAAAGAUGUUAUUGUCCAAGAAGGAAAUCCUGCUCAAUUUAAAACACAAGUAGCUGGAAAACCAAAACCAGCAAUUCAAUGGCUUCGAGAAGGUGUUUUGAUACCAGAAUCACAAGAUUUUCAGACACUUCAAGAAGGCAAUAACGUUGUUUUAUUAAUUGCAACAACUUACGAAGAAGAUUCUGGAGUAUUUACAUGUAGAGCAACAAGUUCCGCUGGACAAGUAGAGACUUCGGCCAGACUCACAGUAAAAAAACGAACUAAAGUAGUACGGCGUACAACAACAAAAACUACAAAUGACACAAAAACAACAUUAGGUAAAAAAGGUACAACUCGCCCAGGAGAUUCGACUGAGGAGGGACCUGGUCUAAAUAAUAUAAGCAAUGUUGAAGAUGAUGAAUUAAGUGAAGAUAUUGAGUUACCUCAAGGAGAUGAAACUUUACCUUGGAGGAUUAAAAAGGCUGAUACAAAUUUUGCACCUUGGAGGAGACAACGAGCAGACGAAAAAAUAUCUAAACAAACAAUAAGCACAACAGAAACAUCAGAAGAGACAUUGCUAAUUGAAGAACGAUCACAAAAACAAAUCGAAAAACUUAAACAAGAAACAAAACCAUGGACUCAAGAGCCAAUAAAGUUAAAACCAACUACACCACAAAAGAAGGAAAUACCUAAAGAAACUUUGGAAGAGGUUUCUUUGAAACCAUCUAAAAUACAAAAAGGUGUAAUUGAAAAAGAAACCUUGGAAACUGUAAAUUUAAAACCAUUCCAGAAAACUAUCGAUGAAACUGUCAUUACAACUCAAGAAGAUAAGGAGGAAGUUAUAUCGGUUGAAGAUUCGGAGUUUUUGAAAAUUAAAAAGGAGACAGAUGAAUUCAGUCAAACUAAAUCAAAACCACAACCACGAAAAAUGAGCCAAGAAACAAAACCAUGGACCGAAGAACCAAUAAAACUGAAACCUGCUACACCUCAACGGAAAGAAAUUCCUAAAGAAACUUUAGAAGAGGUUACUUUGAAACCUUCUAAAAUACAAAAGAGUGUAAUUGACAAAGAAACAUUAGAAACAGUUGACUUAAAACCUUUUAAGAAAACUGUUGAUGAAACAAUUUCUACAACGCUUGAUGAUACAAUAACUCAAACUGGUAGAGAACAAAUUGUUUCAGUGGAAGAUUCUGAAUUUCUGGAAGUUCAAAAAGAAACAGACGAAUUUACAAAAACCAAAACUAGGCCACAACCUCGUAAAAUGAGUCAAGAAGCGAAGCCAUGGACAGAGGAAUCUAUAAAACUGAAACCAGCUACUCCUCAGAAAAAGGAAAUACCGAAGGAAAUAUUAGAGGAAGUUAAAUUGAAACCUUCCAAGAUACAAAAAAGUGUUAUUGAGAAAGAAUCGUUAGAAACUGUGGACUUGAAAUCAUUUAAGAAAACAGUAGAUGAGACUGCAGUUAAUGCGACUCUUGAUGAAACAAUUGUCAAAACUGAUAUGGAACAAUUAAUUUCAGUAGAUGAUUCCGAAAUUUUGAAAGUUCAAGAAGAAACCGAUGAAUUCCAUAAAACUAAGACAAUAUCAAAACCACGUAAAAUGAGCCAAGAAGCCAAACCUUGGACGGAGGAGCCUAUAAAACUGAAACCAGCUACUCCCCAGAAAAAAGAAAUACCUAAGGAAACGCUGGAAGAAGUUAAAUUGAAACCAUCCAAAAUACAAAAGGGUGUUGUUCAAAAAGAAAGUUUAGAAACUGUAGAAUUAAAACCUUUCAAAAAAACUGGCGAUGAGACCACUAUUACAAUGGAUGAGGAAACUACAGUUCAGACCGAUAGAGAACAAGUUGUGUCGGUUGAAGACUCGGAGUUGCUAAAACUUAAAAAAGAGACAGAAGAAUUCACUAAGACUAAAAGCAAACCGCAACCACGUAAAAUGAGCCAGGAAGCAAAACCAUGGACUGAAGAACCUAUAAAAUUGAAACCUGCGACUCCUCAGAAAAAAGAAAUACCAAAAGAAAAAUUAGAAGAAGUGGCAUUAAAACCUUCCAAGAUACAAAAGACAGUGGUAGAAAAAGAAUCAUUAGAAACUGUAGACUUAAAAUCAGUUAAGAAAACGGUAGAAGAAACCGUACCUACAACUCUUGACGAAAUAAUUGUUCAAACUGAUAGGGAACAAAUAGUUUCAGUCGAUGAUUCAGAAUUUCUGAAAAUUGAAAAAGAGACCGACGAAUUCAGUAAAACUAAGGCAAAAACACAACCACGUAAAAUGAGUCAAGAAGCCAAACCUUGGACCGAGGAGCCUAUAAAACUGAAACCAGCUACUCCCCAGAAAAAAGAAAUACCUAAGGAAACGCUGGAAGAAGUUAAAUUGAAACCAUCCAAAAUACAAAAGGGUGUUGUUCAAAAAGAAAGUUUAGAAACUGUGGAAUUAAAACCGUUCAAAAAUAUCGUCGAUGAGACCACUAUUACAACGGAUGAGGAAACUACAGUUCAGACCGAUAGGGAACAAGUUGUAUCGGUUGAAGACUCGGAGUUGCUAAAACUUCAAAAAGAGACAGAUGAAUUCACUAGGACUAAAAGCAAACCACAACCACGUAAAAUGAGUCAAGAAGCAAAACCAUGGACAGAAGAACCAAUAAAACUGAAACCAGCCACUGCCAAGAAAAAAGAAAUACCAAAAGAAACAUUGGAAGAGGUUAAACUGAAACCUUCUAAAACUCAAAAAGGUGUAAUUGAAAAAGAAUCUUUAGAAAUUGUGGAUUUAAAACCUAUUAAAAAAAGUACAGAUCAAAUCGAGGAAGCUAGUGAAAUAGUGUCAGUUGAAGAUUCUGAACUGCUUGAAAUCAAAGAAGAAAUGGACGAAUUGGCAAAACCUAAAACUACACCUAAACCUCAACCACGUAAAAUGAGUCAGGAAACCAAACCCUGGACCGAAGAAGCAAUUAAAUUAAAACCAACAGCCACACAAAAGAAAGAAAUUAAAAAGGAAACUUUAGAAGAUGUGACAUUAAAACCAGUUAAAGCUACUAGUAGCCCUGAAGAAUUAUAUUUGGACGAAAAAAUCUUAGAACCAUCUGAAAAAAUUCCCGACAAAGAUGAGUUGGACACUCCGGUAUCUACGGCACCUUGGAGAAAGCCAAAAGAAGAAAAACCAGCAACAGUUGCACCUUGGAGAAAACCAAAACAAGAUAAACCAGAUCAAGCACAAGACGAUGUUUUGGCACAGUCAGAAAUGGUAGAAGAAAUAAUUACUGAAGUUGAAGAUACAAUCGUUCUUCAAGUUGACAAAUCCACUGAAGAAACAAAUCGUGUACAGCCAAUUGUACCAUGGAGAAGAAAAUCACAACCUACAGAGGAUAAAUCAGAAACAAAAUGGCCAACUGGUAAGAGGAGGCCAAUAGAAGAACAGAAACCCGAAGAGAUCACUCUUAAACCUAUUCCCAAAAAGACACCAGAAGAAAAACCAAAGGAAGAAGUCUCAGGUUCUGUGGAUCUGAAACCGAUACCAAAAGCUAAAGACACGGAAGAGGUUGAAGAAAGGAAGUGGCCAACUGGAAAAAGACGACCGAAAGAAGAAGAAAAACCUGAAGAGAUAACUCUUAAGCCUAUACCUAAAAAGAAACCAGAAGAAAUGCCGAAAGGAGAAGUUCCAGACACAAUAGAUUUGAAACCAAUUCAAAAAACUAAGGAAAUAGAAGAGGUUGAAGAAAAGAAAUGGCCCACGGGUAAGAGAAGGCCGAAAGAAGAAGUGAAACCCGAAGAGAUCACUCUUAAACCUAUUCCUAAAAAGAAAACAGAAGAGAAGCCAAAAGAAGAAGUUCCAGAUACUGUAGAUUUGAAACCAAUACAAAAAACUAAAGAAAUAGAAGAGGUUGAAGAAAAGAAAUGGCCUACGGGCAAAAGAAGACCUAAACAAGAAGAGAAACCUGAAGAGGUUACUCUUAAACCUAUACCCAAAAAGAAACCAGAAGAAAAAUCAAAGGAAGAGGUUCCUGAUUCCGUGGAUCUGAAACCGAUACCAAAAACUAAACAAAUAGAAGAGGUUGAAGAAAAGAAAUGGCCUACUGGUAAGAGAAGAGCAAAAGAAGAAGAGAAACCCGAAGAGGUCACUCUUAAACCUAUUCCUAAAAAGAAACCAGAAGAGAAACCAAAAGAAGAUGUUCCAGAUACUGUAGAUUUGAAGCCAAUACAAAAAACUAAAGAAAUAGAAGAAGUCGAAGAAAAGAAAUGGCCUACGGGCAAAAGAAGGCCUAAACAAGAAGAGAAACCCGAAGAGGUCACUCUUAAACCUAUACCCAAAAAGAAACCAGAAGAAAAACCGAAGGAAGUGGUUCCUGAUUCCGUGGAUCUGAAACCGAUAUCAAAAACUAAAGAAAUAGAAGAAGUUGAAGAAAAGAAAUGGCCCACGGGCAAGAGAAGGCCGAAGCAAGAAGAAAAACCUGAAGAGAUCACUCUUAAACCUAUUCCUAAAAAGAAACCAGAAGAGAAGCCAAAAGAAGAAGUUUUAGAUACUGUAGAUUUGAAACCAAUACAAAAAAGUAAAGAAAUAGAAGAGGUUGAAGAAAAGAAAUGGCCUACGGGCAAAAGAAGACCUAAACAAGAAGAGAAACCCGAAGAAGUCACUCUUAAACCUAUUCCCAGAAAGAAACCAGAAGAGAAACCAAAAGAAGAAGUUCCAGAUACUGUAGAUUUGAAACCAAUUCAAAAAACUAAAGAAAUAGAAUCAGUUGAAGAAAAGAAAUGGCCUACGGGCAAAAGAAGACCUAAACAAGAAGAGAAACCCGAAGAGGUCACUCUUAAACCUAUACCCACAAAGAAACUAGAAGAAAAACCAAAAGAAGAGGUUCCUGAUUCCGUGGAUCUGAAACCGAUAUCAAAAACUAAAGAAAUAGAAGAAGUUGAAGAAAAGAAAUGGCCUACAGGCAAAAGAAGACCUAAACAAGAAGAGAAACCUGAAGAGGUCACUCUUAAACCUAUACCCAAAAAGAAACCAGAAGAAAAACCGAAGGAAGAGAUUCCUGAUUCCGUGGAUCUGAAACCGAUAUCAAAAACUAAAGAAAUAGAAGAAGUUGAAGAAAAGAAAUGGCCCACGGGCAAGAGAAGGCCAAAGCAAGAAGAAAAACCUGAAGAAGUCACUCUUAAACCUAUUCCUAAAAAGAAACCAGAAGAGAAGCCAAAAGAAGAAGUUCCAGAUACUGUAGAUUUGAAACCAAUACAAAAAACUAAAGAAAUAGAAGAGGUUGAAGAAAAGAAAUGGCCUACAGGCAAAAGAAGACCUAAACAAGAAGAGAAACCUGAAGAGGUCACUCAUAAACCUAUACCCAACAAGAAACCAGAAGAAAAACCGAAGGAAGAGGUUCCUGAUUCCGUGGAUCUGAAACCGAUAUCAAAAACUAAAGAAAUAGAAGAAGUUGAAGAAAAGAAAUGGCCCACGGGCAAGAGAAGGCCAAAGCAAGAAGAAAAACCUGAAGAAGUCACUCUUAAACCUAUUCCUAAAAAGAAACCAGAAGAGAAGCCAAAAGAAGAAGUUCCAGAUACUGUAGAUUUGAAACCAAUACAAAAAUCUAAAGAAAUAGAAGAGAUUGAAGAAAAGAAAUGGCCUUCUGGUAAGAGAAGACCUAAACAAGAAGAGAAACCUGAAGAGGUUACUCUUAAACCUAUACCUAAAAAUAAAACAGAAGAAAAACCAGUUGAAAUUGAAGAUGUUCCCGAAAUUCAAAAUGAGGAAGUAGAUAAUGUGAAAUCAGAUUCCGUAAUUAUUUUACAGGAAAAGAAAGUAGUUCGGAAGAGUAUAAUGAAAACUCCAAGCACAGAAACAGUUGAAGAUGAAAGUCAAACAACACAGGCUACCCAAAGUAUUAAAAUUGACUCUAAGAAAAAAGUUAAAAAACGAGUUGUUUUUGAUAAUGAUCAACCUUUGGGUGACUUAGAAAUAGUUUCAGAGAAAAAAUCUAAAGUUAAACCGGAAACUGUUUCCAGUAAAACUAAAGAAACAACUUCCACGUUGCUGGUAGAAAUUAAAGAACAAAAGAAAGUUAAAAAAUCUAAAGCACCACGAUUUAUCCAAAGGCUUCAACCAGUUACUGGUGAACUAAAUCAACCAGUCAAAUUCGUAUGUGAAGUGGAGGGAACGCCAUUCCCUGAAAUAUCUUGGUUCAAAAACGAAGUGGAGCUUCAUGCUAGCGAGCACGUACAAAUGUCUGUAGUAGAAAAUACAGUAACUUUAGAAAUAGCUGAAGUGAAACCUCAAGAUGUAUCAAUGUAUUCAUGCCGUGCUACAAAUAGUGCCGGAGUAGCUACAUCUACAGCAAACCUUAUAAUUUUAGAAAAAGAAGAUGGAAUUGCUCCUCAUUUCACAUUAUCACUUAAACCACAAAUUGCUGAAGAGCACACAACAACGCAACUCGAAUGUUACGUGGUAGGACAACCUACACCUGUUGUAAAAUGGUUUAAAGGAAACGAUGAAAUACAACCAGAUGAUAAGACUGUAACUCAAUACAAUCCAGAAACUGGUCACGCUGUAUUAGAAAUCGAAGAGGUAACUAAAGAAGAUACAUCAAUAUUCCGGGUGUGUGCUGAAAAUAAGUUUGGCAGAGCAGAGAGUCGAGCAAAUUUGAUUGUUCAAGAAAUGAAAAUGCCAACACUUCAUCAUGUGAAGAAAACAUUAAAAAUAAUUAAGCCUCUAAAGGCAGUAGUAACCAGAAACACAGAGCCAAUUGUUUUAGAGGCAGAAUUUGAAGCCAUACCUGAGGCUAAAGUUAAGUGGCAUCGUAAUAAUAAAGAAAUCAAGCCAUCAGAAGACAUUAAAAUUGAAAUAACUGAAAAUACUACAAAAUUAGUAAUAUCAGAAAAAGUCAAGCAAAAAACUGGAAGAUACGAAUUGCGCGUUGAAAAUGAAGUUGGUGAGGCUCGAACGUCUGCAUCUGUAGCCAUUACAGAGGAAGAAACAACAGAAAGUAGACCACCUAGAUUUAUUAAACCUAUUGAACCUCAAAUAGUUACCGAAGGAGAAGUCGUAAUUAUCGAGGCAAUUGUUGACGCAUACCCAACUGCUACAUUCCAAUGGUACCAAGAAAAUGUUCCUAUUAAAUCUAGUAACGAAAUACGAAUUGCUACAGACAAUAAUAAAUCUAUAUUAUACAUACCAGACAUCCCCAUAGAAUUUGCUGGAAAUUACACAUGCAGAGCAGAAAAUGUCGCUGGAUCUGUCACAUGUACAGCUAAUAUAAAUAUUUUAGAAGAAGAAGAUUGGCAAGAACCAAAGGAAUUACUAUCGCCAAGAUUUGUAAAACAAGUAUCGCCAGUCCGUGUAAUGGAUGGUGAAAAAGUUACAUUUACUUGUAAAGUAGUUGGGAAACCAGUUCCAAAAGUUGAAUGGAGGCAUAAUGAUCGACCAAUUAAGGAAGCACAAGGUGUCAUAGUAUCUCAAGAUAUGGAAGGUGUUUGCUUCUUGGCUAUUACAGAAGUGUUUCCAGAAGAUGCAGGAAACUAUACAUGUAUUGCAACCAAUAAAGUUGGAGAAGCUAUUUGUACUACAAACCUGGUUGUAGAAGCUUAUGAAUAUGUUCCUGACUCCGAAAUUGGAUUAACAACAACAGCAGCCAGUGGAUCAGAAGAAGAUUUGUUAAAGGAUGCUCCAGAAUUACCACUAGACAGUGAUAAUGAAUGUGCUCCUAAAAUUGUUAAGAAAUUGCCUGAAGUUAUCACUACACAAGACGGUGAUGUUAUUAGGCUUGAGGUAAAAGCUGAAGGUAAACCUAAACCUGAAGGUAAAUGGAUUAAACAAGAUGUUGAAAUUAUACCAUCAGAAGGAUUUAUUAUUGAAAACUUUGAGGAUGGUACUUCAGUAUUAACCAUUACAGAAGUUUAUCCAGAUGAUACUGGUGAAAUCACAUUUGAAGCUUUUAAUCCUCUAGGUGUAGCUAUUACCACAACUGAAUUAUCCGUAGAAGGUAUUGUUGGAACAAAAGAAUAUAGAAAGCCAGAAUGGGUAACACACAUGGAAGAAUUGCAAGCAAUAUUAAAAGCAUCACAAAGUGUACCCACUUUUGUACAAGAAUUUACUGAUAUUCGAGCCAGAGAAGAAGAAACGAUAUGUUUCGAAUGUCAAUUUUCUGGUACUCCAACACCUGAUGUUGUAUGGUAUAAAGACGAUAAACUAGUAAGAAAUACCGAAACUCUUAAAAUUCGUAUAAAAGAUAAUAAAACUUCAUUGACAAUAACGAAUGUUAAACUUGAAGAUGUGGGAGUAUACGCUUGUAAAGUUACCAGUGAUAUUGGAGUGGCCGUUACAAAAGCAAAACUACAUGUACAAGAACUUUAUCACGAAGAAAAAGAAAAAUUAAAAAUAAAACAAGCCGCAGAGAAGAAAGAGAAACUAUUAUUAGAGAAAGCUAAAUUAGACAAAAAACGAGCAGAACGAAAAAUUCGCAAAUCGUCUAUAACAACAGAACAAGUAACUUUAAAAGAAACAGCCACUGUUAGUGAGGUAACUGUAACAGAACAAACAAAGGAAAUAUCUAAAUUGCCUGACAAGCGCCAAGCUGAACAGAUUUUACCCAUAUUAGAGCCGGUUGUUACAGAAGCUAUUGCUUCUUGUAAGAAGAUUGACGAAAAAGUACAAGAAAGUAUUGAAGAAAAAGCCGAACAUAUUAUUUCACCAGUUGAGCCAGUGACUGUAUCUGAAACAACAGUUGAAGAUAAGGUAGAGGAAUUAAAAGAAACUAAAGUCACAAAGGCUUCUGCUACAAUUACACAAGAAAGUUUACAAAAAGCAGAAGUAACGGUAACAAAUGUGAAAGAAGUUAUUGAAAAAGUAAAACAAGUGAAAAAGAAACAAAAACGAAUGGAAAAGGAAGUUGAGGAAGUUCUUGAAUUUGUUAAAGCUAAAGAAUUAGGACCUGGUGAAUUACCAGUACGUGAAUUAGCAGAAAUUGGUUUUCUUGUUCGACAUGGUAUUACUGUGAAAGAAGUAACUGUACUGUAUGAUGCAGAUAAAUUCCCAGCCUUGCGUAAACCAGAAUCACAAUCAGCUUUAGUUAAUUUAGUUGAGCGUCAAGGAUAUGGAACAUUAAUAUCAGAAGUAUUAACAGAAGAAACUACUUUGGAUGAAAAUGUAGCAGCAACUGUUGGAUUUAGAGCAUUUAUGAGAAUGGUCGAUUUGAAACAUGCAACAGUUGAAGAAGUUAUCACAAACUUUGCACCAGAAGAUUUCCAAACACAUCCAUGGGAAUAUAAAGAAGCAAAGGAAGUCAUGUCUCAAUUAGUUGAAGAUUUACAAACAGUUAAGAAAACUGAAGUUAAAACAUUUAUCAGUGAUAAGAAGGUAAAAGAAGUGUCGGAAAAAAUUGAGAUUAAAGAAGCAAUUGAACAAGAAGAGACAAAAACUGCAAAACGCACAAACUUACAAACAACAAUUGAAAAAACACAGUCAAGCCAACAUCAAGGUAUACAAAUUACUGAAUUACUUGAUGACGAACAAAUUGAUCAAAAACAAAGCUCUAUCAAAGAAACAUCGUUUGGAAUUGUAACUCAACCCAUUGAAGAAUCACCCAAAAUUGAAUCGAAAGAAGAAUCAGAAAACGAAGAUGAAGAAACUUUAAUUGUUGAUACAGUAACAAAGAAAAUUGUUAGUCAGCAGAAAAAGCCAAAGCAAAAAAAGAUUAAAAAAGAAAAAUUAGUAAAAGAAUCAGAGGAAAAAGUAGAAAUUGUUGAGAUUGACGAUGGGCAGAAGAUGGUUAAAAAAUUGAAGUUAAAACCACAAAGGCCAGAGACAGGCGAAGAAAUUAUUGAUGAAGAGUAUUUAGAAGAUAUUAAAUCAAGUAAACCAACUCUUGAAAAAACACAACCUAUCAAUUCUUCUAUAUUGUCAUCUGAAGUAAUUCCAUUAAUUGAAGUGCCACAAAUUGAAACCAAAACUACUGAACCAAAACAAAUUAAAAUUAGUUUGAUGCCACACUCAGCUUUAUCCAACACAGAAACUACAACAGAAGAAAAAGAAAUUGAUUCAAUAGAGACUAAACCAAAAGAAACUAAAGCUAAGUCCACGAUAGAUACAGUAGAAUCGUAUCAAGUAACAGAAACAAAUAUUCAAGCAACUUGUACUGAAUAUGAAGGUCGUAUGAAACCAACUUUAUAUGAAGCACAACAAUCUCUUAUACCUAAAGAAGGGCUUAUUGUAAAUGAAAUUGAAGUUGGUCAACCUGUGACUGAUAUUUUAGACAGUUCCGUUUCAAAAUCUCAAGCAACAUUAUCCUUGUCGUUACAAGAAGCGACCAAUGUCUCUGAAAUAGAAACAUCGUUAAAAGAAGGUGACUUUACAAGGGAAAAAUUACCCAAAACCACAACUGCUCAAAGAAUAAUUAGCACACAAGAAAGUAUAAGUGUUUAUGAAGUAAAUGAAGGGUUAUCAGAAGAUACAUAUGAUGGGAAAUUAAAAACGGUACCUGUAAAACCUAAAGUCAACAUAUCUACAAAAGAACCCGUAGAAGUAAGUGAGGUAUUUACUGAAACAAAACCAGAUAAAUAUUAUCCAGAAUUGAUUGUUGCUACGGAAGUAGCAAAUGAAUCAUUUAUACCACAAAAACAAAUCCAAACAGAGGAAAUAAAUGUUCCUGAAACUGAAGGUAUAUAUUCGUCUGAACGUUUACCACCAUUCCAAAAUGCAACACUUGAUAUUACAUCUGGUGAAAGUUUAAUAGUAGAAAUGCAGAACGUACAAGAAAAAGAAAAUAUCUUCGAAAAAGGACGUAGCCCAAAUGUAAUGAAUGCUACCGAAAAUAUAACAUGCGUAGAAGGAGUAAUAAUAAGUGCAGUGGAUUCACAAAUGCCACAAAGCGAUAUGAAUAUUGAAUAUAAAGAAGAAAGGCAAGCAAAUAUUGAAAUAACAAAUCUAGAAAGUGCUAUGUCAUCAAUAACAAUCGUGUCCGAAAAAGAAACUCCAUUGAUAACUGACGAUAAACCAUCUACAAAAGUAGCCGUACCAUCAGUUACUUGUUUAGAAACAUCAAAUGUAUCUUCAAUUGACAUUCAAGAAUCCGAAUCAAAUUUAAUAGAUACAGAGAAACCAAAGAAAGCUGUUGCAGACAUGAAGUUCAGCCCUGAAGAACCUAUUUCUGUGCUUGAAGUGCAAACAUUAGAUACACCUAUUUACAAACUUGAUACAUUAAAAUAUAGAACUGACGAGGCCAAAACUAUUUUACAAAGUAAUGAAGCAAAAGAAAUAUCUUUUGUAGAUGUUCACGAUAAAGAAUCUUCUUUUGUUGCCAAAGAAAUUCCAAUCGCUUUAAAUAUAUCAAAUGUAUUUGAAACUCAACAAUCUACAUCUGGCUAUAUGACGCAACCCAUUGAAUUAGAAGGAUCGCUAGAACCAUUUGACAGACCUGAAACGCAUGUUUCUAAAUGCACACCUACGCAUGUUCUACCAACUGUGCAAGUAGAAGAAAAACAACAUGAAAUUACUACGGGGUCUAUACCAAAAGACGAACUAAAAACAGUUACUGCAAAUGUUAGUUCAAAUACAUUGGAAGAGACCACAGUAGAACAAGUUUUUACAACUGAAAGUGUUGGACUUUAUACCGAAAUUGAGAAAAUAAAAGAAAAAACAGCGGAUGUCAUGCUUAGUCCGAGAGAAUUCAUUACAAUUACUGAAGUUACUGCAGACAAUAAAGAAGGGAUCUAUAAACCACAAGAUUCCCCGAUAUGCUAUAAAGCUACGCCAGAGUUUUCUUUACAAAAAUUAGCUAUCAAAUCUUUAACAGAAACACACAUGGAUACUACUCCAAUUGACGAACCAAAAAUUUUAACCGGUCAGGCGAAAUCUACUCAUACAACAGUUGAUAGCAUACAAGUUUCAGAACAAAAUGUAAUUGAAAAGGAGUCAGCUCAUAUAUCAAACCCAUUGCCAGAUACAAAACAAGCUAAUAUGGAAAUUGACACUGAUAUACCAAGUUUAUGUGUAUCACAAGCUAUUGUCCAUGAAUCUGAAAAAGAAUAUGUCAAAGAUAAAUCGCCUGAAAAGUUAAGUGCUAUACCAAUCAUACCAACUCAAGAUGUUGUUGUCAUAUCAGAAAAUACAGCUAUACGUAAUGCUCCCGAUUUGUUAUUAGAACAACCAGUUACUGGAAAAGCCAAAUCUGAAAAUUUACCUCAUCAAGAAUUGAUUGUUACAGAAGCAAAUGUUGCGGAUACAGAAAAAUUGCUAGAAUCUUAUAAAUUGCCAGAAGAAAAAGUAGCAGAAGUAACUGUGAAGCCGGAAAAAAGUAUAAAUAUAACAGAAGUAAUAACCAAUUACAAAGAAGAAUAUUUAGGUAAUUUAGAAAUACCAACAGAAAAAACUGCAACAGUUGAUAUAAUUGAAAAAAAUGUUAUUUUACAACAAGAAAUUGUAAGUGGUAUUAAUGUUGGUGCAUUUGAAAAGCCGUUUGUAAAAGAAGAACUAGCAUAUGCCAAGACUGAUGGUCUUGAAUGUGCAUUAAGCAGCGAAAUUACAGCUAAUGAAAAUGAGGACACAUUUCAAAAACCGAUCCAACCAGAUCACAAACAGGCGGAUGUAAACUUUGAAAUAGGAAAAAGUAUUAAUAUUACAGAAAUUGUUUCAAAUUUUUCUGAACAACCACUAUCCGAUAGUACUGUACCCAAACAAUACGUAGCAACCCCCUCUUUUGAUUCUCAAAAUGUUGCACAGAAAUUAGAAGUUGUUUCAGAUUUUAGUGUACAAGAUUUUUCGAACGUAGUACAUAAUUCAGUUAAGGCAAAUCUUGAAACGUUACCUUACGAAACUUUUAUACAAAGUCAAACUGUAACACAAGAAAAAGAAGGGCAAUAUUUCCCAAGUGCAAAACCAGACUCUAAAACGGCUGAAUCGAAUUUAGAAUUGGGUGAAAGUGUUUCUGUGACAACUAUUUUAGCUACGGAAAAAGAAUCAAUUCUUGAAGAAAUUGCCCCUGAUGCAAAAAUUGCUCAACCGGAAAUUCUAAGCUUUGAAGCACUGGGACAAACAAGUGUUUUUGUACAAAAUACAGUUAAUGAAUUAGAAGAAAUAUCACCUAAAACCGCAUUAGGUCACUUAGAACAAAUUCCAUUUACAAGUUUAUCAAGUACCAUGACAGAAGUAAAUGAGAAAGAGGGUAUAUUUAAAGAUGUAGCACCUGAUUAUAAAAUAGCCGAACAAACAUUUAAAGAAGCUUCGUCGUUAGUAGUAUCUGAAGUAAUUACUGAUGACAAAGAAAAAGAAUACAUUACAAAAAAACCUGAAGAUAUGAAAAAUGCCAAAUUUGAUAUUGAAGGACAAAAAGUUGCUGCGAAAACUGAAAUAAUACCAGAAUAUUUAACAGGAGCGCUUACACAGAAAUCUGUUUUAGAAAAACAACACGCUCAAGCAUUGCACUCUACAUUCGAAAGUGUGAUUAACAUAGAGACUAUUGCAAAUGAAAACGAACAACUUUUAGAUGAAAAACAAAAACCCAUAGCUCAGAUACCACAUAUGAAAAUCGAUGGUGAUCAAACUGUAGAAAUAACCGAAAUCACAUUAGGUGAAUCUGAAAAACAAUUUGUGUCUCCAUUUCAGCCCUUAGAGCAAUUUGCAUCCAGAGAUAUUGUCAGUCAAGAAACAACAAAACAAUCCGAAAUUAUUCCACACGACAGUGUAUCAGAAUAUAUACCAGAUUUAGUAACAACUUCAACUGCACUUUUAAACCAGAUACCAUUUGAAAGUAUAAUAAAUACAGAAGCUAUUACAAUUGAAUCAGAAAAGAAGAUAGACGAGAAAAGUCCAUUAGACGUGAAAACUGCGGGAAUUGCCAUAGAAUCAAAAUACAGUUUAGAAGUGACAACAGUACAUUCCCAAGAUAGUGAACGACUGUUACCAGCCGAAACAAAACCAUCUGAUAAGCAAGCCAUACCAAUUAUUUCAGGGCAUGAAAUUGCCUUGCAAUCAGAAAUAUUUUCAGAAAUGGCACCAGGUUCACUUAAAAUCGAAGCACCAGAACAAACUCAUGCACAAAAAAAUCAAGAACCUUAUAAAACAACAGUAAAUGUAGAAGCAGUUGCGGCUGAGGUAGAAGGAAUUCUAGAAGAACAAGCCGCACCGCAAAAGCACACGGCUAAUUUUGAAGUUCAGCCAGGUCAAGGCAUUUUCAUUUCCGAAGUAACAUUAGCAGACCAAAUUUCUCAGUUAAUACUCACUAACUCACCAAAACAUCAAAAAGCACAUUCUGACAUAGAUGCAGGCCAUGAAAUUGUACAACAAACUCAAAUACAAGCAGAGUUUGACAUUACUACAUUACCGCAAACUACACAAACUCCUGUUACUGCCACUGAAGGUCAAGAAACACUAACUAGCAUUAUUAUUUCAGAACAUCGGCCAGAAGAGCAUGGUGAUGAAUUUGUAGGUAAAUUUGAGCCUGCUCAGAAAAAGGCAAACGUAAGUAUGGAAGAAGGUAAAAAAGUGCAAGUAAUAUCAGAAGUUACCUUACAAAGUAAAGAAGGAAAUGUUGGUCCAAUGCAAUUACCCGAAAAAAAAGAAGCAAUGUUGAAUGUUACAGGAUUAGAAGUAGCCGAACGUACAACAAUUGAAGCAGACUAUCAUGUAGGCGAUUUAAGUAAAUUGGAUAUUAAAAAAGCUUCGGCAAAUAUAAAGCAGUCAGUUUUUGAAGGAGUAGUGGCUACAAAACCUGAUGUACAAGAAAAAGAAAAUGAUUUCAAACCAAAUUUAAAACUUGUUACUCAAACUGCUGACAUUAAAAUAGAAGAGCAAAAAGGUAUACAUGUUUUCCAAGUUAAACCAGAAGAAAGUGAAUCAAAUAUGAAAAUAACUGAAAAGCCGGCUGAACAACAUGCCCAACCCUCUUAUACAAUUAAUAAUCAAAUUGCUCAGAAGAGUGAAAUUAUUCCAGAUUUUCAAUUAAAUACUUUUGAAGUAGGGCAGACUGAUUUAAAACAAGCAAAUUUAAGUCAAGACCUACUACAAUCGACUUCUGUGGAGCAAAUCACCGUUGCAGAAUCUGAAAAAACUUUCAGUGAAAAAUUCACAGCAUCCACUACAAAUGCAACAAUUUCUCUUGAUGAAGUUAAAAGCAUAAUAGUAACGGAAGUAAACACUAAUCAAAAAGAAGAAACUCUAGAAAACCGACCUUAUUUAAAUACUGCAAAAGCGAGUCCAAAUAUUACAGGUCAGGAAGUUGCACAAUCAUUGGAAGUUCUUCCUGAAAAUAUAACAGCAGACCUAUUGACUGAAAAGGCGUUAGAAAGGAAAGCAGAACCGACUCAUGUAUUACUUGAAAGUAUUUUUCAAGUUGAAUUGAAUAUUUCCGAAAAAGAAAAAGAUUUUACAGUUGAAAAAUCAGAUAAUACAAAAAAAGCGGAAACAGUCUUUAGUAUAGGCAAAAGUUUAAAUAUUACCGAAACAAUCCCUGAAGAUAAAGAGGGUAAUCUACUAAGCGAACAAACGCCGUCUACACAAUCAGGCACAACAUCAAUUGUAAGUAAUUUAUAUUUGCAACAAAGUGAAAUUAUUACACAGGAUGGUGUUGAAAACUUCGAUGAAGUUUCAAAACCUAAAGAACUAGCUGUAAUCGGAUUGAAUUUAAAUGAGGGUGUCAUUGUUUCUCAAAGUUUAAUUACUGAGAAAGAGGAUAGUUACGACAAAGUAUUAGCUAUUGAUAAAAAGUCAGCCACAAUUGAUUUUGAAGAACAAAAAACUGUAAGCAUAUCAGAAACUGUCACUCAUGAAAGUGAACAAAUAUUACCCGACCAGAAGAAACCACAAGAAAGUAAAGCACUACCUGAAAUUGAAGGUAGAAAAAUAGCCGAAAAAACCGAAACAUUACCAAUUAUAUCAACGGGAGAUUUAGAAACCUUGGAAAGAUCAUUCGUUCAAGCCGAAAAGUCUCAAAUUCCACUGGAACCCGUAACUAUAACACAAGCGAGCAUUCAAGAAAAUGAACAGGAAUUUAAAGAUUCAUUUAAACCAGCUACUAAAGUUGCGGGAGUGAAUAUGGAAGAGGCAAAACGUAGUGCAUUAGUGACAGAAGUCUUAACUGAAAUGAAAGAAAACCAAUUUAUUGAUUCCGAAGUGAAAAGUUUCAAUGCAGAAGCUGAAAUUGAUAGUACUCAAGCAUUAGAACAAACCGUAAUUGUAACAACACAAACAGCAAGUCCAUUUGAUAAAAAAACUAAUUUUGACAAAAAGAAAGCCAAUGUUAGCUAUGAUGAAAUGCAUGAAUUGAAUAUUUCUGAAACUAUUGCCACCGAUUCAGAAAACAUUUUAGAUAUUAAUAAAAAACCACAAGAAAGUACUGCUACUUCAUCAAUAAGACCUUUUGAAGUUGUAGAGAAAUCAGAAGUAAUUCCACACAUGAGUACAGAGGAUCUGGAAAAUUUACAGACAACUACAAAACAAGCAACUAAAUUGCAUUCACAACACGAAUAUGUUAUGGUAACAGAAACAAACAUACGUGAAAAAGAAGGAAUGUUUGACAAAAAAUUUAAACCAGAUACUAAAAAUGUCUCAAUAAAUAUCGAAAGCAGAAAUCAAGGAUUUAUGGUUACGGAAAUUUGUAGCGAAAUGCAAGAACAAUCUUUUGAAAAGGCACAAUUACCAGGAAGUGCAACAGUAAAUAUGGAAAUAGAUAGUCUAGAAGCAAUAGAAGAAUCGAUUGUGAUGCCAUCGGAUUCUAUAAUUGAUAUACAUGAAACUUUACCAACUAUGAAGCUGGCUAAAACCGAACAAAAACCAUUUGAACCCUUAAUUCAAUCAGAAGUAUUGGUUGAAGAAAAAGAAGAUGUUCUCUUAACUCAAACGAAAAGAAAGUAUUCCCAAGCUGAAAUUCAAUUCUCAACAAAAUCAAGUAUUUCCAUAAGAGAAAAUGAACUACAAGAAACUCAUAAAGACUUUACAGUACAGAAAAUAACGAAAGAACAAGCUGCACCCAGUUUUACGCCAAGCCAAGCACUACUCGAAUCUGAAGUUUGUACCACUGAAAACGCUGAUUCAAUGGCUCAAAUGCAAAUAACAUAUGAUUCAGCAACAACAACAAUGAAUAUGAAACCAAAUAAUGAGUUAGUUGUGACUGAAUUGCAAACAGGGGAGCAAAUUGGUUCACAAGUUCCUGAAUUCAAAACACCAGAGGCAAAAAUCGGCAAAUCCACCAUUGAGAAAAUUGAAACGAAUUUACAAACAACUGAAAUUUUACUUCAAGAAUCCGAAGAUAUACAAGAAUCCAUAAAAUAUACACAAUUACCUGAAAAACACGCAAACACCACACUCACACUACACCAACCAAUUACAAUACACGAAAUACAAACCGCAGAAGCCGAAGACACACUUAAAACAGUAGAAAAUAUUAUAAAGCAAAAAACACAAGAGCCCUCGGUAAGUAUUCAUAACCAAGACAUUGCAAAUACAAAUGAAUAUCCUAAAAACACCACAAUAGCAGCAAAAAUUGAUGAAAGUGGUGAAACAAGAAGAAAAACUAUUAAAAAGAAAGUAAUCAAAAAACAAGUUGAUGGUAAACCAGAAGUAAUUGAAAUAACAACUGUUCAAGAAGAUGACAAGCAACCUGAAACAACGGUUCACGUUGAAACAUUUGAUGAUGAAUCAAUGGAGCCGUUUGAACAGCCACAAGAGCCAAAACUUUUGGUCGAAGAAUUGCCUGAAGAAGUAAAAGUCAUAGAAACUGUUUCUGAAGAAGGAAAACCUCGCAAGAAGGUUGUCAAGAAGCGAGUUAUUAAAAAGCAAGUUGGUGGUAAAAAGGAAGUUACUGAAAUCACAACAGUUCAAGAAGAUGACAGAAAACCUGAAACAACUGUUCACGUUGAAACAUUUGACGAUGAAUCAACGGAGCCGUUAGAACAGCUUGAACAGCCACAGAAACCAAAACUUCUAGUACAGGAAUUGCCCGAAGAAGUGAAAGUGAUAGAAACUGUUUCUGAAGAAGGCAAACCACGCAAAAAAAUUGUUAAGAAGCGGGUUAUUAAAAAACGAGUAGGAGGUAAACAGGAAGUAACUGAAAUCACUACUGUUCAAGAAGAUGACAGAAAACCUGAAACUACUGUUCACGUGGAAACAUUUGAUGAUGAAUCAACGGAGCCGUUAGAACAGUCGCAAGAGCCAAAACUUUUGGUCGAAGAAUUGCCUGAAGAGGUAAAAGUCAUAGAAACUGUUUCUGAAGUAGGCAAAUCUCGCAAGAAGGUUGUCAAGAAGCGAGUUAUUAGAAAGCAAGUUGGUGGUAAAAAGGAAGUUACUGAAAUCACAACAGUUCAAGAAGAUGACAGAAAACCUGAAACAACUGUUCACGUUGAAACAUUUGAUGACGAAUCAACAGAGCCGUUAGAACAGCCACAAGAGCCAAAACUUUUGGUCGAAGAAUUGCCUGAAGAAGUAAAAGUCAUUGAAACUGUUUCUGAAGAAGGAAAACCUCGCAAGAAGGUUGUCAAGAAGCGAGUUAUUAGAAAGCAAGUUGGUGGUAAAAAGGAAGUUACUGAAAUCACAACAGUUCAAGAAGAUGACAGAAAACCUGAAACAACUGUUCACGUUGAAACAUUUGACGAUGAAUCAACGGAGCCGUUAGAACAGCUUGAACAGCCACAGAAACCAAAACUUCUAGUACAAGAAUUGCCCGAAGAAGUGAAAGUGAUAGAAACUGUUUCUGAAGAAGGCAAACCACGCAAAAAAAUUGUUAAGAAGCGGGUUAUUAAAAAGCGAGUAGGAGGUAAACAGGAAGUAACUGAAAUCACUACUGUUCAAGAAGACGACAGAAAACCCGAAACAACUGUUCACGUUGAAACAUUUGAUGACGAAUCAACAGAGUGGUUAGAACAGUCACAAGAGCCAAUACUUUUGGUCGAAGAAUUGCCUGAAGAAGUAAAAUUCAUAGAAACUGUUUCUGAAGAAGGAAAAACUCGCAAGAAGGUUGUCAAGAAGCGAGUUAUUAAAAAGCAAGUGGGUGGUAAAAAGGAAGUUACUGAAAUCACAACAGUUCAAGAAGAUGACAGAAAACCUGAAACUACUGUUCACGUGGAAACAUUUGAUGAUGAAUCAACGGAGCCGUUAGAACAGUCGCAAGAGCCAAAACUUUUGGUCGAAGAAUUGCCUGUAGAGGUAAAAGUUAUAGAAACUGUUUCUGAAGAAGGAAAACCUCACAAGAAGGUUGUCAAGAAGCGAGUUAUUAAAAAGCAAGUUGGUGGUAAAAAGGAAGUUACUGAAAUCACAACAGUUCAAGAAGAUGACAGAAAACCUGAAACAACUGUUCACGUUGAAACAUUUGACGAUGAAUCAACGGAGCCGUUAGAACAGCUUGAACAGCCACAGAAACCAAAACUUCUAGUACAAGAAUUGCCCGAAGAAGUGAAAGUGAUAGAAACUGUUUCUGAAGAAGGCAAACCACGCAAAAAAAUUGUUAAGAAGCGGGUUAUUAAAAAGCGAGUAGGAGGUAAACAGGAAGUAACUGAAAUCAAUACUGUUCAAGAAGACGACAGAAAACCCGAAACAACUGUUCACGUUGAAACAUUUGAUGCUGAAUCAACAGAGCCGUUAGAACAGCCACAAGAGCCGAAACUCCUAGUAGAAGAAUUGCCUGAAGAAGUAAAAGUCAUAGAAACUGUUUCUGAAGAAGGCAAACCACGCAAAAAGGUUGUUAAAAAGCGUGUUAUCAAAAACCAUGUUGGUGGUAAACAGGAAGUAACUGAGAUCACUACUGUUCAAGAAGACGACGGAAAACCCGAAACAACUGUUCACGUUGAAACAUUCGAUGAUGAAUCAACGGAGCCGUUAGAACAGCUUGAACAACCACGGAAACCAAAACUUUUAGUACAAGAGUUGCCCGAAGAAGUGAAAGUCAUAAAAACUGUUACUAAAGAAGGCAAAACACGCAAAAAAAUUGUUAAAAAGCGGGUUAUUAAAAAGCGAGUAGGAGGUAAACAGGAAGUAACUGAAAUCACUACUGUUCAAGAAGACGAUCAAAAUCCCGAAACAACUGUUCACGUUGAAACAUUUGAUGAUGAAUCAACGGAGCCGUUUGAACAGCCACAAGAGCCAAAACUCCUAGUAGAAGAAUUGCCUGAAGAAGUAAAAGUAAUAGAAACGAUUUCUGAUGAAGGAAAACCUCGCAAGAAGGUAAUUAAGAAGCGAGUCAUCAAAAAGCGAGUUGGAGGUAAACAGGAAGUAACUGAAAUCACUACUGUUCAAGAAGACGAUCAAUCUCCCGAAACAACUGUUCACGUUGAAACAUUUGAUGAUGAAUCAACGGAACCAUUAGAACAUCUCGAACAACCGCAAAAACCAAAACUUCUUGUAGAGGAAUUACCUGAAGAAGUCAAAGUCACAGAAACAAUUUCUGAAGAAGGCAAACCACGCAAAAAAAUUGUUAAAAAGCGGGUUAUUAAAAAGCGAGUAGGAGGUAGACAGCAAGUAACUGAAAUCACUACUGUUCAAGAAGACGAUCAAUCUCCCGAAACAACUGUUCACGUUGAAACAUUUGAUGAUGAAUCAACGGAGCCAUUAGAACUGCCACAAGAGCCGAAACUCCUAGUAGAAGAAUUGCCUGAAGAAGUAAAAGUAAUAGAAACGAUUUCUGAUGAAGGAAAACCUCGCAAGAAAGUAAUUAAGAAGCGAGUCAUAAAAAAGCGAGUUGGAGGUAAACAGGAAGUAACUGAAAUUACAACAGUUCAACAAGACGACAAAAAACCCGAAACAACUGUUCACGUUGAAACAUUUGAUGAUGAAUCAACGGAACCAUUAGAACAGCUCGAACAACCGCAAAAACCAAAACUUCUUGUAGAGGAAUUACCUGAAGAAGUCAAAGUCACAGAAACAAUUUCUGAAGAAGGCAAACCACGCAAAAAAAUUGUUAAAAAACGGGUUAUUAAAAAGCGAGUAGGAGGUAGACAGCAAGUAACUGAAAUCACUACUGUUCAAGAAGACGAUCAAUCUCCCGAAACAACUGUUCACGUUGAAACAUUUGAUGAUGAAUCAACGGAGCCAUUAGAACUGCCACAAGAGCCGAAACUCCUAGUAGAAGAAUUGCCUGAAGAAGUAAAAGUAAUAGAAACGAUUUCUGAUGAAGGAAAACCUCGCAAGAAGGUAAUUAAGAAGCGAGUCAUCAAAAAGCGAGUUGGAGGUAAACAGGAAGUAACUGAAAUCACAACAGUUCAACAAGACGACAAAAAACCCGAAACAACUGUUCACGUUGAAACAUUUGAUGAUGAAUCAACGGAACCAUUAGAACAGCUCGAACAACCGCAAAAACCAAAACUUCUUGUAGAGGAAUUACCUGAAGAAGUCAAAGUCACAGAAACAAUUUCUGAAGAAGGCAAACCACGCAAAAAAAUUGUUAAAAAGCGGGUUAUUAAAAAGCGAGUAGGAGGUAAACAGGAAGUAACUGAAAUCACUACUGUUCAAGAAGACGAUAAAAAUCCCGAAACAACUGUUCACGUUGAAAUAUUUGAUGAUGAAUCAACGGAGCCGUUAGAAGAGCCACAAGAGCCAAAACUCCUAGUAGAAGAAUUGCCUGAAGAAGUAAAAGUAAUAGAAACGAUUUCUGAUGAAGGAAAACCUCGCAAGAAGGUAAUUAAGAAGCGAGUCAUCAAAAAGCGAGUUGGAGGUAAACAGGAAGUAACUGAAAUCACAACAGUUCAACAAGACGACAAAAAACCCGAAACAACUGAUCACGUUGAAACAUUUGAUGAUGAAUCAACGGAACCAUUAGCACAGCUCGAACAACCGCAAAAACCAAAACUUCUUGUAGAGGAAUUACCUGAAGAAGUCAAAGUCACAGAAACAAUUUCUGAAGAAGGCAAACCACGCAAAAAAAUUGUUAAAAAGCGGGUUAUUAAAAAGCGAGUAGGAGGUAAACAGGAAGUAACUGAAAUCACUACUGUUCAAGAAGACGAUAAAAAACCCGAAACAACUGUUCACGUUGAAACAUUUGAUGAUGAAUCAACGGAGCCGUUAGAACAGCUAAAAGAGCCGAAACUCCUAGUAGAAGAAUUUCCUGAAGAAGUAAAAGUAAUAGAAACGAUUUCUGAUGAAGGAAAACCUCGCAAGAAGGUAAUUAAGAAGCGAGUCAUCAAAAAGCGAGUUGGAGGUAAACAGGAAGUAACUGAAAUCACAACAGUUCAACAAGACGGCAAAAAACCCGAAACAACUGUUCACGUUGAAACAUUUGAUGAUGAAUCAACGGAACCAUUAGAACAGCUCGAACAACCGCAAAAACCAAAACUUCUUGUAGAGGAAUUACCUGAAGAAGUCAAAGUCACAGAAACAAUUUCUGAAGAAGGCAAACCACGCAAAAAAAUUGUUAAAAAGCGGGUUAUUAAAAAGCGAGUAGGAGGUAAACAGCAAGUAACUGAAAUCACUACUGUUCAAGAAGACGAUCAAUCUCCCGAAACAACUGUUCACGUUGAAACAUUUGAUGAUGAAUCAACGGAGCCGUUAGAACAGCCACAAGAGCCGAAACUCUUAGUAGAAGAAUUGCCGGAAGAAGUAAAAGUAAUAGAAACGAUUUCUGAUGAAGGAAAACCUCGCAAGAAGGUAAUUAAGAAGCGAGUCAUCAAAAAGCGAGUUGGAGGUAAACAGGAAGUAACUGAAAUCACUACUGUUCAAGAAGACGAUCAAUCUCCCGAAACAACUGUUCACGUUGAAACAUUUGAUGAUGAAUCAACGGAACCAUUAGAACAUCUCGAACAACCGCAAAAACCAAAACUUCUUGUAGAGGAAUUACCUGAAGAAGUCAAAGUCACAGAAACAAUUUCUGAAGAAGGCAAACCACGCAAAAAAAUUGUUAAAAAGCGGGUUAUUAAAAAGCGAGUAGGAGGUAAACAGGAAGUAACUGAAAUCACUACUGUUCAAGAAGACGAUAAAAAACCCGAAACAACUGUUCACGUUGAAACAUUUGAUGAUGAAUCAACAGAGCCGUUAGAACAGCCACAAGAGCCGAAACUCCUAGUAGAAGAAUUGCCUGAAGAAGUUAAAGUAAUAGAAACGAUUUCUGAUGAAGGAAAACCUCGCAAGAAGGUAAUUAAGAAGCGAGUCAUCAAAAAGCGAGUUGGAGGUAAACAGGAAGUAACUGAAAUCACAACAGUUCAACAAGACGGCAAAAAACCCGAAACAACUGUUCACGUUGAAACAUUUGAUGAUGAAUCAACGGAACCAUUAGAACAGCUCGAACAACCGCAAAAACCAAAACUUCUUGUAGAGGAAUUACCUGAAGAAGUCAAAGAAGUAACUGAAAUCACUACUGUUCAAGAAGACGAUAAAAAACCCGAAACAACUAAGCGAGUCAUCAAAAAGCGAGUUGGAGGUAAACAGGAAGUAACUGAAAUCACAACAGUUCAACAAGACGGCAAAAAACCCGAAACAACUGUUCACGUUGAAACAUUUGAUGAUGAAUCAACGGAACCAUUAGAACAGCUCGAACAACCGCAAAAACCAAAACUUCUUGUAGAGGAAUUACCUGAAGAAGUCAAAGUCACAGAAACAAUUUCUGAAGAAGGCAAACCACGCAAAAAAAUUGUUAAAAAGCGGGUUAUUAAAAAGCGAGUAGGAGGUAGACAGCAAGUAACUGAAAUCACUACUGUUCAAGAAGACGAUCAAUCUCCCGAAACAACUGUUCACGUUGACACAUUUGAUGAUGAAUCAACGGAGCCAUUAGAACUGCCACAAGAGCCGAAACUCCUAGUAGAAGAAUUGCCUGAAGAAGUAAAAGUAAUAGAAACGAUUUCUGAUGAAGGAAAACCUCGCAAGAAGGUAAUUAAGAAGCGAGUCAUCAAAAAGCGAGUUGGAGGUAAACAGGAAGUAACUGAAAUCACAACAGUUCAACAAGACGGCAAAAAACCCGAAACAACUGUUCACGUUGAAACAUUUGAUGAUGAAUUUACGGAGCCGUUAGAACAGCCACAAGAGCCGAAAUUCCUAGUAGAAGAAUUGCCGGAAGAAGUAAAAGUAAUAGAAACGAUUUCUGAUGAAGGAAAACCUCGCAAGAAGGUAAUUAAGAAGCGAGUCAUCAAAAAGCGAGUUGGAGGUAAACAGGAAGUAACUGAAAUCACUACUGUUCAAGAAGACGAUCAAUCUCCCGAAACAACUGUUCACGUUGAAACAUUUGAUGAUGAAUCAACGGAACCAUUAGAACAGCUCGAACAACCGCAAAAACCAAAACUUCUUGUAGAGGAAUUACCUGAAGAAGUCAAAGUCACAGAAACAAUUUCUGAAGAAGGCAAACCACGCAAAAAAAUUGUUAAAAAGCGGGUUAUUAAAAAGCGAGUAGGAGGUAAACAGGAAGUAACUGAAAUCACUACUGUUCAAGAAGACGAUAAAAAACCCGAAACAACUGUUCACGUUGAAACAUUUGAUGAUGAAUUUACGGAGCCGUUAGAACAGCCACAAGAGCCGAAAUUCCUAGUAGAAGAAUUGCCGGAAGAAGUAAAAGUAAUAGAAACGAUUUCUGAUGAAGGAAAACCUCGCAAGAAGGUAAUUAAGAAGCGAGUCAUCAAAAAGCGAGUUGGAGGUAAACAGGAAGUAACUGAAAUCACUACUGUUCAAGAAGACGACCAAUCUCCCGAAACAACUGUUCACGUUGAAACAUUUGAUGAUGAAUCAACGGAACCAUUAGAACAUCUCGAACAACCGCAAAAACCAAAACUUCUUGUAGAGGAAUUACCUGAAGAAGUCAAAGUCACAGAAACAAUUUCUGAAGAAGGCAAACCACGCAAAAAAAUUGUUAAAAAGCGGGUUAUUAAAAAGCGAGUAGGAGGUAAACAGGAAGUAACUGAAAUCACUACUGUUCAAGAAGACGAUAAAAAACCCGAAACAACUGUUCACGUUGAAACAUUUGAUGAUGAAUCAACAGAGCCGUUAGAACAGCCACAAGAGCCGAAACUCCUAGUAGAAGAAUUGCCUGAAGAAGUAAAAGUAAUAGAAACGAUUUCUGAUGAAGGAAAACCUCGCAAGAAGGUAAUUAAGAAGCGAGUCAUCAAAAAGCGAGUUGGAGGUAAACAGGAAGUAACUGAAAUCACAACAGUUCAACAAGACGACAAAAAACCCGAAACAACUGUUCGCGUUGAAACAUUUGAUGAUGAAUCAACGGAACCACUAGAACAGCUCGAACAACCGCAAAAACCAAAACUUCUUGUAGAGGAAUUACCUGAAGAAGUCAAAGUCACAGAAACAAUUUCUGAAGAAGGCAAACCACGCAAAAAAAUUGUUAAAAAGCGGGUUAUUAAAAAGCGAGUAGGAGGUAAACAGGAAGUAACUGAAAUCACUACUGUUCAAGAAGACGAUAAAAAACCCGAAACAACUGUUCACGUUGAAACAUUUGAUGAUGAAUCAACGGAGCCGUUAGAACAGCCACAAGAGCCGAAAUUCCUAGUAGAAGAAUUGCCUGAAGAAGUAAAAGUAAUAGAAACGAUUUCUGAUGAAGGAAAACCUCGCAAGAAGGUAAUUAAGAAGCGAGUCAUCAAAAAGCGAGUUGGAGGUAAACAGGAAGUAACUGAAAUCACAACAGUUCAACAAGACGACAAAAAACCCGAAACAACUGUUCGCGUUGAAACAUUUGAUGAUGAAUCAACGGAACCACUAGAACAGCUCGAACAACCGCAAAAACCAAAACUUCUUGUAGAGGAAUUACCUGAAGAAGUCAAAGUCACAGAAACAAUUUCUGAAGAAGGCAAACCACGCAAAAAAAUUGUUAAAAAGCGGGUUAUUAAAAAGCGAGUAGGAGGUAAACAGGAAGUAACUGAAAUCACUACUGUUCAAGAAGACGAUCAAUCUCCCGAAACAACUGUUCACGUUGAAACAAUUGAUGAUGAAUCAACGGAACCAUUAGAACAUCUCGAACAACCGCAAAAACCAAAACUUCUUGUAGAGGAAUUACCUGAAGAAGUCAAAGUCACAGAAACAAUUUCAGAAGAAGGCAAACCACGCAAAAAAAUUGUUAAAAAGCGGGUUAUUAAAAAGCGAGUAGGAGGUAAACAGGAAGUAACUGAAAUCACUACUGUUCAAGAAGACGAUCAAUCUCCCGAAACAACUGUUCACGUUGAAACAUUUGAUGAUGAAUCAACGGAACCAUUAGAACAUCUCGAACAACCGCAAAAACCAAAACUUCUUGUAGAGGAAUUACCUGAAGAAGUCAAAGUCACAGAAACAAUUUCAGAAAAAGGCAAACCACGCAAAAAAAUUGUUAAAAAGCGGGUUAUUAAAAAGCGAGUAGGAGGUAAACAGGAAGUAACUGAAAUCACUACUGUUCAAGAAGACGAUAAAAAACCCGAAACAACUGUUCACGUUGAAACAUUUGAUGAUGAAUCAACGGAGCCGUUAGAACAGCCACAAGAGCCGAAAUUCCUAGUAGAAGAAUUGCCUGAAGAAGUAAAAGUAAUAGAAACGAUUUCUGAUGAAGGAAAACCUCGCAAGAAGGUAAUUAAGAAGCGAGUCAUCAAAAAGCGAGUUGGAGGUAAACAGGAAGUAACUGAAAUCACAACAGUUCAACAAGACGACAAAAAACCCGAAACAACUGUUCGCGUUGAAACAUUUGAUGAUGAAUCAACGGAACCACUAGAACAGCUCGAACAACCGCAAAAACCAAAACUUCUUGUAGAGGAAUUACCUGAAGAAGUCAAAGUCACAGAAACAAUUUCUGAAGAAGGCAAACCACGCAAAAAAAUUGUUAAAAAGCGGGUUAUUAAAAAGCGAGUAGGAGGUAAACAGGAAGUAACUGAAAUCACUACUGUUCAAGAAGACGAUCAAUCUCCCGAAACAACUGUUCACGUUGAAACAUUUGAUGAUGAAUCAACGGAACCAUUAGAACAUCUCGAACAACCGCAAAAACCAAAACUUCUUGUAGAGGAAUUACCUGAAGAAGUCAAAGUCACAGAAACAAUUUCAGAAGAAGGCAAACCACGCAAAAAAAUUGUUAAAAAGCGGGUUAUUAAAAAGCGAGUAGGAGGUAAACAGGAAGUAACUGAAAUCACUACUGUUCAAGAAGACGAUCAAUCUCCCGAAACAACUAUUCACGUUGAAACAUUUGAUGAUGAAUCAACGGAGCCGUUAGAACAGCCACAAGAGCCAAAACUCCUAGUAGAAGAAUUGCCUGAAGAAGUUAAAAUAAUAGAAGCGAUUUCUGAUGAAGGUAAACCUCGCAAGAAGGUAAUUAAGAAGCGAGUCAUCAAAAAGCGAGUUGGGGGUAAACAGGAAGUAACUGAAAUCACAACAGUUCAACAAGACGGCAAAAAACCCGAAACAACUGUUCACGUUGAAACAUUCGAUGAUGAAUCAACGGAGCCGUUUGAACAGCUCGAACGACCGCAAGAAUCAAAUCUUCUUGUGGAAGAAAUGCCUGAAGAAGUGAAAGUUAUAGAAACUAUUUCUGAAGAGGGCAAACCUCUCAAAAAAGUUGUAAAGAAGCGAGUCAUCAAAAAGCGAGUUGGAGGUAAAAAAGAAGUGACCAAAAUCACAACUGUUCAGGAAGACGACAAAAAGCCCGAAACAACUGUUCACGUUGAAACAUUUGAUGAUGAAUCAACGGAACCAUUAGAACAGCUCGAACAACCGCAAGAACCAAAACUUCUUGUAGAGGAAUUACCUGAAGAAGUUAAAGUCACAGAAACAAUUUCUGAAGAAGGCCAACCACGCAAAAAGGUUGUUAAAAAGCGUGUUAUCAAAAAGCAUGUUGGUGGUAAACAGGAAGUUACAGAAAUUACAACUGUCCAAGAAGAUGGCAAGAAACCUGAAAUUAGUGUUCAAGUUUCAACAUUCCCUGAAGAAAUCAAAGUAAUAGAAACUAUUUCCGAAGAGCGUAUACCUGAUCAGAGAGUUGAUAAGAAGCGAAUUGUCAAAAAGAAAGUUGUUAAGAAACCGGGGUUGAUUGAAGCGGAUCAAGAUAUAAAGUGCGAUAAGGACGAACCUUUCAAAAAUGAUGGAAUGAAUGAAGAUAUUGUUUCAAUUCCAGAGCAAAUUUAUGAACCAUUUAUUAAACCGAAGCUUAAAAAGAAAAAUCUUCAAUUACUUAAAUUGGAGAAGCUCGAGUCUAAAAUGUGCUCAGUUUCCUCUCCGAUUUUACCUCAGUUUGCAACCCUGAAGUUAAAAAAACCGAAAAUCACACCGAGAAAGCAAAGUACAAGUGUAACAUUACCCAAGUUUUUACUUAAGAGUAAUAUUCGAUCCAUUGAAUUUCCAAAUGCAAAAGAAAAAGAACAAAAACCAUUUAUAUCGCAACUGAUACCAGUCGUCAAAGACCAUGGAAUACUUUCAAGAAAUAUGAAAGAGGCAGACAAAAUUCGCAAAACAAAACCACGAAAAAUGAAACCUUUAGAGGCAUAUGACAAGGAACUAGAAAAAUUAGAUUUGGAAUUUGAAGAACUUAAGAAACAAGAACUAGAAAAGGUAGAAGAUAAAGAACUUUAUCAACGCAAACCUAAAAAGCAGCCUGUAGAAGCAGAACAACCAAAAGCUUUGCAGUUGGGAGAAGGAAAAGUGCCUACAGAAGAUGCUGAGUUAGAAAAGAUUCAAUUGAAACGCUUACCACCCAAACCAGAUGAAACCCAAUCAGAACCUUCGUUAAAAUCUAAGCAAGAUGGAAAAAUUAAGCAAUCAAAGAAGACGUUAGUAGACGAAAAAGUAAUUGAAUUAACUCCUUUAAAACCUUUCGAUGAUACUUCUUCGAGCCCUCAGCUUGAGGAAUAUGAAAAAACCGAAAUAAUUCCCCCGCCUGGUGAAUCACCAAAUAAAACACCUCCAAAAAGCAAAAUACCAAAGAAGGAUAUACCUGAACAAGAUACUACACACUAUCAUUUGGAGAAAGGUACACCGAAACAAACAAAAGAAGGCGAGGAGCCGGAUAUUAAAUUAAAAUAUAAACAAGGUGAAAAGCCUGAUGAAACACCAUCUGGAAUAAAUCUGAAACCAUUCAAAGAGAAUAAACCAGAAGAACAAGAUGAAAGCGCAACUCCAACAAGACUUUUACUGGACAAAAUUCCACACGAUGAUAUUGAUAUGCCAGAAGUUUCUAAGAAAAUGCCUAGAGCGAAAAAAUUAAAACCUAAAAAAAAUGAUGAAAUUAUUACACCUGAACAUACACCUACCGACUCACAAAUUACACUACACACUACAUCACACACACCUCACGGCACACAAGAAGAAUUAUUACCCACACAACCUAAAGAACAAUACACACAAAUAACACCAACAGAUCAAACAUUACAAGAAGCACAAGAAAUAAUCACUACAUUUAAAACUAUUCCUGGAACAAAAAUGGUAAAAACAAUUAAAACAAAACGCACAGUCAUUAAAAAUAAACAAACAGGUAAGUACGAACCAAACAAUGAUACACAAGAGGAAGAGGGUACAGUAGUUAUAGAUGAAGUAAUAGACGAAAAUACUUCCGAUACAAAAGAUCAAAACACUCUAAAUAUUCAAGAAAUAACAGAACAAGAAUAUCAAAUCGAGAAUGCAGAUACACAAGAUAAAUCAACAAUUAUAAUUGAAGAGUUACCAGACGAAUCACCCGAACUAGUGAAAAUUGCCGAAACAGAAAUAGAAGAAGAUAAACCACAAAAAAAGAUUGUUAAGAAGAAAAUAAUUAAAAAGAAAGUUGGGGACAAAGUUGAGGAAACUGAAAUUACGACUGUACAAGAAGACAGCAGAAAACCUGAAACUACUAUUAAAGACUUCCAACUAGAAGCAGAAAAACCCAUUACACAGGAAGAGGUUGAAGAUAUCAUUGCUGCACUUAAAACGCCCACGGACAAAGCAACUGUUAUUGAAGAAUUGCCUGAAGAAGUAAAUGUUACCCAAGUAGUAACGGAAGAAGGUAAACUUAGGAAGAAAAUUAUUAAGAAAAAGAUAAUUAAAAAGAGAAUUGGUGAUAAAGUCGAAGAAACACAAAUUACAACUCUUCAAGAAGAUGAUAAACAACCCGAAACAUGCAUUAAAGUUAUAACUUCUGAAACAGUUGAAGAAAAACCAAUCAGCCAGGAAGAAGUUGAAGAACUUAUUUCUGUCAUAAAGGCACCAACAGAAAAAGCGACUACGAUAGAAGAAUUGCCAGAAGAAGUUAAGAUAACUGAAACAAAAACAAAUGAAGGUAAACCUCAAAAGAGGAUUGUGAAGAAAAAGAUAAUUAAAAAGAAAGUUGGUGAUAAAGUUGAGGAAACGCAAAUCACAACUGUUCAAGAAGAUGAUAAACAACCUGAAACUACUAUUAAAGUUAUAAUUUCUGAAGAGGGUAAAGACAAAGCGAUUACUCAAGAAGAAGUACAGGAGCUAAUUCCCGCAAUUAAGGCUCCUAAAGAAGCAGCGACCGUAAUUGAAGAAUUUCCUGAAGAAAUAAAAAUAACUCAAGUAGUUACGGAAGAAGGUAAACCACAAAAGAGAAUAGUUAAGAAAAAGGUUAUUAAAAAGAAAGUUGGUGAUAAAAUUGAGGAAACACAAAUCACAACUGUGCAAGAAGAUAAUAAACAGCCUGAAACUACCAUUAAAGUAAUUACUUCUGAAGAGGGCAAAGAAGAACCAAUUACUCAAGAAAAAGUUGAAGAGUUAAUUCCCACAGUUAAGGCCCCUAAAGAAUCAGCGACGAUAAUUGAAGAAUUACCUGAAGAAAUUAAAACAACUCAAGUAGUUACGGAAGAGGGUAAGCCGAUAAAGCGUGUAGUAAAGAAAAAGAUAAUUAAAAAGAAGGUGGGGAAUAAAGUUGAAGAAACUCAAAUCACAACUGUGCAAGAAGAUGACAAACAACCUGAAACUUCUAUUAAAGUAAUUACUUCUGAAGAGAGUAAAGAAGAACCAAUCACUCAGGAAGAAGUUCAAUUGCUUAUUCCUACCAUUAAGUCACCUAAAGACACGGCUACUAUUAUUGAGGAAUUACCUGAAGAAGUAAAGAUAACUCAAGUAGUGACAGAAGAGGGUAAGCCUCAAAAGAGAAUUGUUAAGAAAAAGGUAAUUAAAAAGAUAGUGGGAGACAAAGUUGAGGAGACACAAAUCACAUCUAUUCAAGAAGAUGACAAAAAACCUGAAACAACCAUUAAAGUUAUUUCUUCUGAAGAGGGUAAAGAAGUACCAAUUACUCAGGAAGAAGUUCAAGAGCUAAUUCUAACAAGUAAGGUACCUCAAGAAACAGCGACGAUAAUUGAAGAAUUGCCUGAAGAAAUUAAAACAACUCAAGUAGUUACAGAAGAGGGUAAGACGAUAAAGCGUGUAGUAAAGAAAAAGAUUAUUAAAAAGAAGGUGGGAGAUAAAGUUGAAGAAACUCAAAUCACAACUGUGCAAGAAGAUGAUAAACAGCCACAAACAACAAUCAAAAUAAUUAGUUCUGAGGAGGGUAAAGAAGAACCAAUCACUCAGGAAGAAGUACAAGAGCUUAUUCCUGCAAUUAAGUCACCUAAAGAAGCGACAACUAUUAUUGAAGAAUUACCCGAGGAAGUAAAGAUAACCCAAGUAGUUACAGAAGAGGGCAGGCCUCAAAAGAGAAUUGUUAAGAAAAAGAUAAUUAAAAAGAAGGUGGGAGACAAAGUUGAAGAAACUCAAAUAACAUCGGUACAAGAAGGAGACAAGGAACCUGAAACUACAAUUAAAGUUAUUACUUCUGAAGAGGGACAAGAAGAACCAAUUACGCAAGACAGAGUUCAAGAGCUUAUUCCAUCAAUUAAGAGUCCUAAAGAAGCAGCGACAAUUAUUGAAGAAUUACCUGAAGAAGUAAAGAUUACUCAAGUUGUUACAGAAGACGGAAAACCUCAAAAAAGAGUUAUUAAAAGAAAAAUUAUUAAAAAGAAGUUGGGAGAUAAGGUUGAAGAAACUCAGAUCACAACUGUACAAGACGAUGAUAAACAACCUGAAACUACCAUUAAACUUAUAACUUCUACGGAAGGUAAAGAGAAACCUAUUACUCAGGAGGAGGCUCAAGAAAUAAUUCCUGGAAUAAAAGCUCCAAAAGAAACAUCAACCGUUAUUGAAGAACUGCCUGAAGAAAUUAAAGUAAUUGAAACACUAACAAAAGAAGGUAAACCUCAAAAGAAAGUUGUUAAGAAAAAGAUUAUUAAAAAGAGAGUGGGAGAUAAAGUAGAGGAAACACAAAUUACCACGGUGGAAGAUGGUGACAAAAAACCUGAAACUACGAUUAAAGUUAUAACUUCUGAAGAAGUUAAGGAAGAACCAAUUAGUCAAGAAGAAAGUCAGUCUCCCGAAGAUGAUACAGCUCUCAUUGAAGAACUUCCAGAAGAAUUAACUGAAAUUGUGAUCAAAGAUGGAAAACCUCAAAAGAAGAUUAUUAAGAAGAAGAUCCUUAAAAAGAAGGUUAAUGAUAAAAUUGAAGAAACAACAACUGAACAAAGAGUGGAUGAAGAACCUAAAGUCAAAGGCCUAGAAGAAAUAACAGAUAAACCAGUAGUCAAGAAACCAAAGAAAGAUCUUCAAUUUAUUAAAUUUGAAAAGCUUGAAUCAAAAAUUUGUUCUGUAUCUUCCCCGAUUUUACCACAGUUUGCAACGGUCAAAUUAAGAAAACCAAAAAUUACACAGAGAAAACAGAGUACGAGUGUAACAUUACCCAAAUUUUUAUUAAAAAGUAAUAUUCGUUUCAUUGAGUUUCCUAGUGUUAAGGAAAAAGAACAAAAACCGUUCACUACUCAAUUGGCCCCAGUUUUUAAAGAUCACGGAAUUCUUUCUCGAAAUACUAAAGAAGCAGAAAAAGUACGAAAAACAAAGCCUCGAAAAAUGAAGGAUUUGGAGGCUCAUGAUAAAGAACUGGAAAAAUUAGAUAUGGAAUUUGAAGAGCUUAAGAAACAAGAAUUGGAAAAGAUGGAGGAUAAAGAGCUUUAUCAACGUAAACCCAAAAAACAACCUACAGAACCAGCACAAUCAGAACCUGUUCAGUUAGGCAAAGGCAAAGUACCUAAAGAAGAAGAACAACUAGAAAAAGUUCAGUUGAAACGUAUACCAUCAAAGCCAGAUGAAACCGAACCGAAACCUACGUUAAAACCUAAAAAAGAUGAAAAAAUUGAGUCACCGAAGCAAAAAUCGGUGGACGAAAAAUUAGUAGAAUCACCUUCCUUACAACCUUUCGAAGAUACUUCUUCGACUCUUGAGCUUGAAAAAUAUGAGAAGACAGAAAUAAUUCCAGAACCAAAUGAAUCUCCGAAGAAGCCAGCUCAAAAAAAUAAAAAAUCAAAGAAAGUUGCACCUGAAGCAGAAACCAUACAAUAUCCUUUAGUGAAAGGUACACCAAAACAACCAACUGAAGACGAAGAACCUGAAAUAAGAUUAAAAUAUAAGCAAGGCGAAAAACCUGACGAACCGCCGUCAGCAAUAAAAUUGAAACCAUUCCAAAAGAGUCCUGAACACGAGCAAACAGACAAAUCAAAAGUAUACAUAUUAGAAUUACCCGAAGAUAUCAAAGUGACAGAAACUGUUUCUGACGAAGGUAAAACUCACAGAAAAAUUGUCAAGAAAAAGGUUAUUAAAAAGCAAAUUGGAGAUAAAGUUGAAGAAACCCAAAUUACAACUGUACAAGAAGAUGAUAAGCAGCCUGUGGCUACUAUUAAAGUUGUCACCUCGGAGGAAGGAGAAGAGAAACCGAUUACCCAGGAUGAAAUUAGCGAACUACUUCCUGUGUUAGUUUCUCCGGAGGAAGCAACAGCAGUGAUUGAAGAAUUGCCGGAAGAAGUAAAGGUUACUGAAAUUACAACAGAAAAAGGUAAACCUCAAAAGAGGAUUGUUAAGAAAAAGAUUAUAAAAAAGAAGGUUGGCGGCAAAGUUGAAGAAACUCAAAUAACAACUGUGCAAGAAGAUGAUAAACAACCUGAGACAACCAUUAAAAUUAAAAUUUCUGAGGAAAGUGAAGACAAGCCAAUCACUCAAGAAGAAAUUCAAGAGAUAAUCCCUGCAAUUAAAUCAUCUCAAGAAGCUGCUACAAUUAUUGAGGAAUUACCUGAAGAAGUAAAGAUAACUCAGGUAGUUGUAGAUGAGGGUAAGCCUCAAAAUAAAGUAGUCAAGAAAAAGAUAAUUAAAAAGAAAUUGGGUAACAAAGUAGAGGAAACUCAAAUCACAACUGUUCAAGAAAAUGACAAACAACCCGAAACUACGAUCAAAGUAAUUACUUUUGAGGAGGGUAAAGAAGAACCAAUUACGCAGGAAGAAGUUCAAGAGCUCAUUCCUGCAAUUAAAUCACCUAAAGAAUCUACUACUGUUAUUGAGGAAUUACCUGAAGAAGUUAAAGUAACUGAAGUAGUUACGGAAGAAGGUAAACCGCAAAAGAGAAUAGUAAAGAAAAAGAUUAUUAAAAAGAAAAUGGGAGAUAAAGUUGAGGAAACACAAAUCACAACAGUGCAAGAAGAUGAUAAACAGCCUGAAAUUAGCAUUAAAGUAAUUACUUCUGAAGAGGGUAAAGAAGAACCAAUUACUCAAGAAAAAAUUGAAGAGCUAAUUCCUGAAAUUAAAGCUCCUAAAGAAGCAGUAACUGUUAUUGAGGAAUUACCAGAAGAAAUAAAGGUAACACAGGUAGUUACAGAAGAGGGUAAACCUCAAACGAGAGUUGUAAAGAAAAAGAUAAUUAAAAAGAAGGUGGGAUAUAAAACUGAGGAAACUCAGAUUACAACUGUACAAAACGAUGAUAAACUGCCUGAAACAACUAUUAAAGUCACAACUUCUGAAGAAGGUAAGGAAGAGCCAAUUACCCAAGAAAAAGUUCACGAACUUAUUCCUACAUUAAAAACCCCUGAAGACACUGCGACUGUUAUUGAAGAAUUACCUGAAGAAGUAAAGAUAACUCAAGUUCUUACGGAAGAGGGUAAACCUCAAAAAAGAAUUAUUAAGAAAAAGGUAAUUAAAAAGAAGCUGGGAGACAAAGUUGAGGAGACUCAAAUAACAACUAUUCAAGAAGACGGCAAACAACCUGAAACAACAAUUAAAGUUAAUACUUCUGAAGAGAGUGUAGAGGAACCAAUUUCUCAAGAAAAAGUUGAGGAGCUUAUUCCUGCAAUUAAGGCUCCUACAGAAACAACUACUGUGAUCGAAGAAUUGCCCGAAGAAGUUAAUAUAACUGAAGUGUUAACAGAAGAAGGGAAACCACAUAAGAAGGUUACUAAGAAAAAAAUUAUCAAAAAGAAGGUUGGUGACAAAGUUGAAGAAACUCAAAUCACGACUGUCCAAGAAGACGACAAACGACCUGAAACUACCAUUAAAAUUAUUACCUCCGAGGAAAGUGAAGAGAUGCCGAUUACUCAAAAAGAAGCCGAAGAAAUAAUUCCUGCAAUUAAAGCUUCUGAAGAAACAGCAAUUGUCAUUGAAGAACUGCCUGAAGAAGUUGAAGAAACUGAACUGGGGACAGAAGAAGACAAACCGCAAAAGAAGAUUGUUAAGAAAAAGAUUAUUAAGAAGAAGAUUGGUGACAAAGUCGAGGAAACACACAUCACAACUGUACAAGAAGAUGAUAAAAAGCCUGAGACUACUGUUAAAAUCAUAACAUCUCAAGAAGGUGUGGAAAAACCAAUAACGCAAGAAGAAGUUCAAGAACUUAUUCCUACAAGUAAGGCUCCCAAGGAAGCAGCUAUUGUUAUUGAAGAACUUCCUGAAGAAUUGAAAGUAACUAAAACACAGAUAGAAGAAGACAAACCUCAAAAGAAAGUUACUAAGAAAAAGAUAAUAAAAAAGAAAAUUAAUGACAACAUGGAAGAAACUUAUCCUGAAACUACUAUCCAAUUAAAGACGUCUGAAGAAAGUGAAGUAAAACCCUUACUUUUAGAAGAAAUUGAUGAUUUUACGCCAGUAAAAGAACAUCCAAAUGAAGCCAAGUUAGAUUUUGACACACUUAACGAAUCCUUUAGUAUUUUGUCACAACCAGACCAAAUACAACACCAGCUUACAAAUAUUACACCCAAUACACCCACACAUGACACUGGAGACUCGUCCAUUAUACCAUUGGAACAUUAUGAAACACAAGAAAUCGUUGCAACUCAACACACAAACGAAGCAGGUAUUACACAAGACAAUUUAAACAAAAAAAUUAAAACUAGAAACGUUCUAAAAGAUCGCAAUGCUUGCACUAUCACAGAAAUUACACCUACAGAACAUGAAGAUACACUUACACUAUUGGAAACACCAACUACACACACAAACGAAGUAAUCGAAACUGAUACUAAAUUUGUUCCAAAUGUUACAGAACCAAAAGUUAGUGAAGAAACUCCCAAGAAGAAACACAAGAAGAAACCUUUAGAUAAAACUGAAGAAAUCGAUGAUAUUCCAGAUAGUACGCAAGAAGCUGUUCUUGAUACAAAAUUAUUAGAUGAUAAAAUACCAAAAAAAUUAAAACCAAAGUAUCCAAAACUAGAAAAAUUAGAAUCUAAAAUGGUUGUAGUUUCUGCACCUACAAUCCCUCAAUUUGCAACAAUUCAAUUAAAAAAGCCAAAGGUUGUACAGAAAACCGAGAAAAAAGACAGAAAAAGCGUAAGCUUACCAAAAUUCUUGUUAAGAAGUACUAUUCGUUUCGUUGAAUUUCCAAUUUCGAAAGAAAAGGAGCAAAAACCUGUAAUAACCGUGUUAAAACCAGUUGUUAAAGAUCAUGGUAUAUUAUCUAGAAACACAAAAGAAGCCGAAAAAAUACGUCGCACGAAACCUAGAAAAAUGAAAGAAAUUGAAGAUGAUAAAACAGAUUUAGAAAAAUUAGACUUGGAAUUCGAAGAACUUAAGAAACAAGGGUUAGAAAAGAUAGAAGACAAAGAAUUAUAUCAAAGAAAACCCAAAAAGAAAAUAGAAGAACCGAGUGAACUUAAACCGUUGUCUUUGGGCAAAGGCCAAAUACCUGCGGAUGAUAAUGAACCUGAAAACGUAAAAUUAAAGCGUACACCAAUUGAACCAGAAGAAACUGAAUCAAUACCCAAACCAAAAUUAAAAUCUGAUAAAGAACCAAAACCAUUAAAGAAAUCACAACCUGGAACAAAAACUAUUGAAUUAGCUCCUCUUGAACCGUUUGAAUAUGAACCAUCUAACGUCGACCUAGAAAAACCUGAGAAAAUAGAAAUAGUCCCCACACCAAAUGAACCAGAGGAAAAGAUGCCACAGAAAUCCGAAAAGCCAGAAAAGGAUAAACCAGCUCAAGAGUCUGUCCAAUAUCCAAUUAUUCCAGGUAAACCCAAGAAACCGUUAGAAGAAGAAGAACCAACAAUUAACUUAAAAUACAAACAAGGCAAGAAACCUGAAGACGAAAAUCCUGAACUGAUGCUAAAACCAUUUAUAAAACCAAAAGUUGAAGAAAAUGGUGAGAAUGCUACACCAUCAGAAUUGACAUUAGAUAGCAUACCUCACGACGAUAUUGAAACACCAAAAGAAAAAUAUAAACAACCAAAAGUUAAAAAAAUAAAGAAACCUAAAGUGGAAACUAAAGAAGAACCUAAAGAAGAAACCGAAACGAAAAUUCCUGAGAUAGUAGAUGAAAUUCAGAUCCCUACAGAUGAAGAAAAGCCAAAAAUAAUUGAAGAGGUAAUACCCUCUUCUACUAAAGAUAUUAAACCCAAAGAAAUUUCUUCAGAAUCAGAGGAAGGAGUUAAACCAGAAGAAAAAAUUAGUGAAGAUUUACCAAUCGAAGAAAUAUUAAAAUUCACUCCAGAUGAAGUACGUGAUUUACCCAAAGAUAGUACUAUAAAGCUGAAAACUAAAAAAAUAAAGAAACCAAAAGAUGAUAAAACUGAGCCUGAAUUCAAACCUGAAAGCCGAGUAGACGAGAAAGAAGAAGUACCUACAGUAAAAGAAAAAAUUGACGAGUCCCCUAGUACAAAACCAGACUCAACACCAGAAAAAAUAAUAAAACCUAAGAAAAUAUUACCCGAACGAUUAAAAAUAGAACGUCAAGAAAUGAAGGUCACAAAGCCCACUAUUACCACUGUUGAGGUUCCACAAUUUGCUCAAAUUAAAUUAAAAAAGACAAAAGUUCCAGAGAAAAAAGAAAUUCAAACUCCAGAACUACCAAAAGUUUUAUUAAAAAGUCGAAUUCGACAUGUAGAUUUUCCACCUGAACAUGAAUUAAUGCAAAAACCACUUAUUCAAUAUCUUCCACCAGUUAUAAAGGAUAACGGAAUUAUGUCUCGAAAUACUAAAGAGGCCGAAAAGUUAAUCAAAACAAAACCUCGAAAGCUCAAAGAUAUCGAAAAAGAAUUUGUAGAUCUGGAAAAAAUGGAUAAAGAAUUAUAUGAACUGAAAAAAGAUGGCUUAGAAACGUUUGAAGAUCGUGAUUUAUACAAAAGGCAACCAAAAGAUACCGAAAAACAACAACCAGAUGAUAUUAAAAAAUUAACAAUUAAAAAAGGAUUAGUUCCAGAAAAAGAUGAAAAAGAAGAAAUUGUAAAACUUAAAAAACUUCCAGACAAACCCGAAGAUAUUAUGGAAGACAAAUCAGAUAAAAUCACAAAAGAAAUACCCGAAGAUAUUUCUAAAACUUCCAAAAAACCAGAGAGAAAAAUAUCUCAUCCCAAACUCGAACCAUUUGAUAUACCCGACCAUCAAACAGAAAAAGAAGUUUUAGAUAUCCCUCAAUUAGAAGAGGAGCCAGACACCAAACCAGACAAAAUCAAAAAACCACAAAAAUCACCUACAAAACCAAAACCAGAGCAAGAUAAUGUUCAGUAUACAAUUGAAAAAGGACGACCAAAAAUACCUGAGCCUGAAAAGGAUGAUGAUGUUAAAUUUAGAAUUCCUGAAAAAGAUAAACCAGAUGAAGACGAUAAUCUUAUAAAACUUAAGCCAUUCAUAAAACCAGAUAGUAAAGACGAACCUGAUAAUAAAGAAGUAUCACUAGAACCUUUGAAAAUUCCCCAAUCGCAACCAGAUGAAGAUAAAUCACUAAAAAAGAAAAAAUUGAAAAAAGUGCCCAAGGAAAAAGUACCUAGCACUGAAACAGUUAAUGAAGUAUCUGAAGAUAAACAACCUGAAGAAGCUAUUCAAGAAGACUUAGGCCACCCAGAAAAGACCGUAGAUGAUACUGAAGAAGUCGCCGUCAUAAAGAAAAAACCAAAGAAAGUACCAAAAGAAGAAGUUGGAGAAGAAAUUACAGUUAAGAAGAUUGUACCUAAAACUGAAGAUGUCGAAGAAGCAGAACUCAAGCUUCCAAAACCAUUAUCAGUUCAAACUGAGAAAGUUACCAUAGAAGAAAAAGUUGUCAUAAAGAAACGACCUGAAAGCCCUGUUCAAGAAACAGUUACAGAGGAGGCCGUUGUUAUAAAGAAAAAACCAAAGAAGGUACCAAAAGAAGAAGUUGUGGAAGAAAUUACAGUUAAAAAAGUUGUACCUAAAACUGAAGACGUUGAAGAAGCAGAACUCAAGCUCCCAAAACCUAUACCGGUUCAAAGUGAAGAAGUAACCGAAGAGGAAGUUAUCAUCAAAAAACGUCAAGAAAGUCCCGUUAAAGAAACAGUUGCAGAAGAAGCUAUCGUUAUAAAGAAAAAACCAAAGAAGGUACCAAAGGAAGAAGUAGCAGAAGAAAUUACAAUUAAAAAGAUUGUGCCUAAAUCUGAAGAUGUAGAAGAAGCAGAACUCAAGCUUCUAAAGCCUGUACCGAUUCAAACUGAAGAUGUAACCGUAGAAGAAGAAGUUGUUAUCAAAAAACGACCUGAAAGUCCUGUUACAGAAAUACUCACAGAGGAAGCUGUCGUUAUAAAGAAAAAACCAAAGAGGGUGCCAAAAGAAGAAGUUGCAGAAGAAAUUACAAUUAAAAAGGUUGUACCUAAAACUGAAGAUGUCGAAGAAGCAGAACUCAAGCUUCCGAAACCUAUACCAGUUCAAACCGAAGAAGUAACGGUAGAAGAAGUGACAAUUAAAAAACGUCCAGAGAGUCCUGAUAAGGAAACUGUUAUUGAAGAGGCUAUCAUACUGAAGAAAAAACCGAAAAAGGAACAAAUAGAGGACGCGUCUGAAGAAAUAACUAUUAAAAAACGUGUACCUAAAAAAUCAAUAGAAGAAGAAACUGUAGAAGAAGAAAUUACAAUUAAAAAACGCCCUGAAAGCCCUGCCAAAGAAACAGUAACCGAAGAAUCUAUCAUACUAAAGAAAAAACCUAAGAAGGUGUCUGUCGAGGAAGCUUCAGAAGAAAUAACCAUUAAAAAACUAGUGCCUGAAAAACCAAAGGACGAUGAAAUUGUAGAAGAAGAAAUUACAAUUAAAAAACGGCCUGAAAGCCCCGUCAAAGAAACUACUACUGAAGAAGCUGUCGUACUUAAGAAAAAACCGAAGACAUUACCUUCGGAAGAAGCUUCUGAAGAACUAACCAUUAAAAAACUUGUCCCUGAAAAACCAAAAGCAGAAGAAACUGUAGAAGAAGAUGCUAUUAUAGUAAAGAAAAAACCUAAGAAGGUACCUGUGGAGGAAGUAACCGAACAAAUAACCAUUAAAAAACUUGUCCCUGAAAAACCAUCCGAAGACGAAAAUGUAGACGAAGAAAUUACAAUCAAGAAACGUCCUGAAAGCCCUGAAAAAGAAACAGUUACUGAAGAGGCUGUUAUAAUAAGGAAAAAACCAAAGAAAGUAUCGAUCGAGGAAGCAUCUGAGGAAAUAACUAUAAAAAAAUUUGUGCCUGAAAAACCAAAAGAAGAAGAACUUGUAGAAGGAGCUGUCGUUAUUAAGAAAAAACCUAAGAAGAUUCCAUCAGAAGAAGCUUCCGAAGAAAUUACAAUUAAGAAAUUAAUGCCAUAUGAAUCUGAAGACAUAACUGAAGAAUUUACUAUAAAGAAAAAGAAACCAGAACGAAAGCUAUCGUUUGAAGAGCACUCACAAGAAAUUACAAUUAAAAAACUACGUCCUGUUAGAAAACCUUCAAAACCAGAUAUUCCCGAAUACACGGAAGUGGAAAAUGUAACAUUUAGACCCAAAUCUGUAAAAACAAAAGAGGAUGUUGAACAAGAGUUUAAGAUUCAAUUAGAUUCAUAUGCUGAAGAGGAAAUUUCCAUGUCGGGUAGUAUUAAACUUAAAAAACAAAAACCUUUAACAUAUUCUGAAGAAGCGGAUCAAGCAAGUAUUCAAAUUAUUCAAGAAAUUGAAAGUGAUGAUGGACCGGUAAUUGAAGAGAUUAUAGAUGAAGGAAGUGAUGCUGAAGAACUCCCACUAGAUACAGAAGAUACCAAUAUUGAAGAGCAUUUCCAGGUGCCACUAAAACGAAAAAUAAAGAAAACACAACCAACUUAUACUGUACAAGAAGAUAUUGAAGAAGAUGUUCAUAUAGGAAUUAAGAAAAAACCAAAAUCUAUUAAAUUUGAGUAUGAUGAAGAGUCAUUGACUUUAAAACCAAAGAAAAAACCAAUUUCUCAAUCUUACUCAGAAGAAGUUGCUUCGUUAAGUAUCAGUCGGGAAAUGGAAGUGGCAGAAGAUGAAGUGAGAUUUUCAAUUUGUUCAUAUGUGGCCGAAACAGAUGAAGCUAUUAACUUAGUAGAGGGAGAACGUGUUUAUGUAAUUCAAAGUCAUAACGCUGAUUGGUGGUUUGUCAGAAAGCAUUUAACUGAAGAAAAGGGAUGGGUACCAGCCCAAUAUCUAAUGGAUGAAGUCAACUAUACACAUUAUGUACAGAAAAAAUUAAACGAAAAAAUUGAUAAAUUACCCAUAUUUGAAAAACCUACAUCUAACGAAAAACCUUCAGCGCCAAGAUUUACAGAAAAAUUACAACCCAUCCAUACACCAGAUGGAUUCACAGUUCAAUUUGAAUGCCAAGUAGAAGGUGUUCCUAGGCCACAAAUUACUUGGUUCCGUCAAACAGCAAUCAUUAAACCAUCACCUGAUUUCCAAAUAUUUUAUGACGAAGAUAAUGUUGCUACACUCAUUAUUAGAGAAGUGUUCCCAGAAGACGCAGGAACCUUUACAUGUGUGGCUAAAAAUGCAGUAGGCUUUGCGUCAAGCACAACAGAAUUAAUUGUGGAAGCACCACUAUCAGAUCGUGGCUCAGAUAUGGCCGGAUUAUCAAGAAAAAGUCUUUCGAGAGAAUCAUCACUUGCCGAUAUUUUAGAAGGCAUUCCACCAACAUUUUCACGAAAACCAAAAGCUUUGUUUAUUGAUGAAAAUACGGAUGCUGUUUUAGAAUGUCGUUUAGUUGCUGUACCUGAACCAGAAAUAAUUUGGUUUGAUGGUCCUCGUCAAUUAAAAACUGAAGAUAAUGUUAUAAUUAUCAAUGAAUCUGAUAUGCACAUGUAUACAAGUAUAUUAAAGAUAACAAAAAUUAAAAAAUCGCAAGAAGGUACAUAUAAAAUUGUUGCUAAAAAUCGUGAAGGAGAAUCAGUAUUGGAUAUUGUAAUUAAAGUAAAAACGUCCGAGAAAGAACCACCACAAAUACUAGAAGCACUGAAGAGUAUGACUGUUAGAGAAGGCGACAGUGUCAUAUUAAAAUCACAAAUUGUUGGAAAUCCAAAACCAACAAUUCAAUGGCUUAAAAAUGGUAAACCGGAUAAUAAAUUAUCAACUAGUGAGGAUGGUGAUGUUUACUCGUUAACAUUAAUUCAACCUAACAAAAAUGAUACAGCUGAGUAUACAAUCAAAGCUACCAAUGAAGUCGGAACAGCAGAAUGUACAGCUUUAAUAACAAUUGAAGAAUGCCCAAGUCAAAAACCAGAACCACCUAUGUUCAUUGAAAGAUUCCAAGAACAGAACAUACCAGAGCAAGGUACACUCGUAUUGAAAGCCAAAGUCAUCGGUAAUCCAGUUCCAGAAGUAAUGUGGUUACGUAAUAAUAAACCAUUAGAACCAUCAUCGAAUGUGAAACAAGUUUACGAUGGUGAAAACAUUGAACUUGUUAUAACAAGUAUGAAUUCAGAAGUGGAUGCUGGUGAUUAUAAAUGUAUAGCUAACAAUUCGAUUGGUAAAGCUUCUCACGGUGCUCGGGUAACAGUCGAUGUAGAAAAAGUAACAUUUACUAAAAAAUUAAGAAAAUUAUAUCAAGCCGAAGAAACAAAGACAUUAAUCUUAGAAUGUGAAACAUCACAUACUGUUUCAACAAAAUGGUUCCAUAAUGAAAAAGAAUUAUCAGGAAUGGAUCAUCGAGAACUGGUAGAGGAAGGACGUUCUCAUAAAUUAAUAAUUAAGAAAACAACAAUACGUGACUCAGGUACCUAUAAAUGUACAGUAAAAGGACAAAAAACUGAAACAACUGUAGAAAUAAAACCAACAAAAGCAGAAUUUAUUAGAAAAUUAGAAGACUUUGAAGUGAAAGAAAAAGAACUAGCAAUAUUAGAAGUCGAAGUUUCAUCAGAAACCGCUGAUGUUACAUGGAUUAAAAAUGGUAAACCAAUAACUGAAACAGACGAUACUAAAUAUACUGUUGAAAAGAAAGGAUCCGUUCGAAAAUUAUUUGUCAGAAAUAUUUCCAUUCAUGACGAAGGUGAAUAUAGUUGUCGCUUACCGGAUCAAGAAUGUACAGCAGAAAUUACUGUAAUUGAAUUACCACCCGAGAUUAUUACUAAAAUGACAGAUUUAACAGUACCAGAAGGUGAAAAAGCAAUGUUUGAAAUUGAACUUACAAAAGGAGAUGCAUUAGUUCGUUGGUUUAAAGAUGGCAAAGAACUCCAAUUCUCCGAACACAUUCAAUUAUCUAUUGAUGGUAAAAAGCAAAAAUUGAAAAUAUACAACACUGAAUUGAAAGAUGCCGGAGUGUAUUCUUGUGAGGUUGGUGUUCAAAAAUCAAUUGCCAAACUUAAAGUAGAAGAAUUACCAUUAGACUUUACAAGAAUUUUACCUGAAAUCACGUAUGCUUCAUUAAAUAAGGAAGCAAUAUUUGUUGUUGAAUUAACAAAACCAGACGCAGUUGUACAAUGGACUGUUAAUAAUAAGCCCAUAACUGAUUCCAUAAAGUAUACAACAUUAACAGAUAAUAAAAUAAGAAAAUUAAUUGUUCGAAAUGUUCGCGAUGAUGAUCAAUGGGUCUACAAAUGUACAGUCGCGGAUUUAGUUACAUCAUCAAAACUUGAACUUGAAGUGGUUGAGACAGCACCGAAGAUUGGUGAUUAUGAACCAGAAAUUCGUAUUAAAAAAGAUGAGGACGUUACAAUAUCCGUUAAAUAUACAACAAAUGCAAAACCCAAAGAUGAAUGGUUUGUUAAUGAAAAAGUUAUAGUAAAAUCGAAAAAAUUCGAACCUAAAAUUACAAACGAAUCGGCUUCAUUAACAAUACGUAAAGUAGAAGAUGUCGAUUCCGGCAAAUAUAAAUUGAAAUUGAAGAACAAUUGUGGUGAAGCAACCGCAGAAAUAAAAUUAACCGUUAUGGAUAAACCAACACCGCCCGGUGCACCAGAACCAGUGGCAGUUACAGAUGAUUCAAUUACAUUAUACUGGAAAGUACCAGAAUCAGAUGGAAAUUCACCAAUUAUUCAGUAUAAUCUUGAAUAUCACGAUAAAAAAACAGAAAAAUGGACUAAAACAGUUGAGAAAAUUACACAAACAACGCAUACGGUUACUAAAUUAGUCAAAGAAUCUGAACUUACUUUCCGUGUAACUGCUGUCAAUGGAGUUGGAGAAAGUGAACCAUCCAUACAAAGUUCAUAUAUUAAAGUAAUUGCUCCAACCAAAAUGGAAUCACCAAUUGUACAAGAACCACUUAAAGAUAUUGUAGCUGGUUUGAAUAAAGAAAUUACUUUAUCUUGUGUGAUAAGUGGUACACCAUCACCAAAUAUUGAAUGGUCACAUAAUGGAAAAGUAAUUAAGGAAAAUGUAACAUAUGAAAAUAGAUUGGCAAAAUUAGUUAUCACUAAAACAACAGAAAAAUCAGAAGGUACAUAUACAUGUAAAGCUUCAAAUACAGAAGGAAAAGUGGAAACAUCAUGUAAAUUAACUGUACAAGAAGCACCAACAUUACAUAUUAGUGAAGAGUUAAUAUCACAGAAAUUAACUGUUGGAAGCACAUGGACAUUAAGUGUUUCAUUCACUGGAUAUCCAAAACCAACUAUCAAAUGGUUACGUGAAAAUGAGGAAGUAAAAGAAACAAAACAUAUAAAAAUUAAAACUGUUGAAAAUGUUACAACAAUUACAAACAGUGAUUUACAACGUGAAGAUUCAGCAAAUUAUUCAAUAACAGCUGUAAAUAAUGCUGGAUCUGCGUGUCAAUUUGCUUCUCUACAAAUCAUUGAUAAACCAAGUAAACCUGAAGGACCAAUUCUUCUUAAGGAUGUUGAAAAAGAAUCUGUGGUAAUUGCUUGGAAACCUCCAUUAGAUGAUGGUGGUAUUGAAUUAUCGAAAUAUUCGAUUGAAAAGUGUGAAGUUGAGAAACAAGAAUGGACUAAAGUAGCAGAUGUUGAAACAGAUGUAAGAUCCUACUGUGUACAAAAGCUACGAGAAGAUUCUACUUACAUGUUUAGAGUUGUGGCAAAUAAUCCUGUUGGAGCGUCUGAACCAUUAGAAAGUGAUACACUUAGAUUACAUAGUGGCACAACGAAACCGUCUCCACCUCGAGGUCCAAUCGAAAUUUCUGGAAUGACAGCAACAUCAUUCUCAUUGAAAUGGCUACAAAGUGAACAUAAUGGUGGAUCAAGGAUUAUCGAAUAUAUUGUAGAAAUGCAAGAAGAAAAUACUAAAAAAUGGACCAAAGUUGGUGGCACACGAGAUGAACUUACAGAACUUGCAAUACCAAAUUUGAAAACUAAAACCGGAUACUAUUUCCGAAUCACUGCUAGAAAUGCUGUAGGUAAAAGUGACCCAUUCUGUCCAGAUGAAAAAAUUGUAGCCGGACAACGUAUAAGAUCGAAACUUACAGAAGGAGCUUUAUAUGCAUUGCUAGGUAUUUUUCCACGCACCAAGCUUUCUGGCGUUUCACCACCAUCUUGUCCUCUCCAUGUGGAAUUAUUGGAUAAUACUAGUCGAAGUGCAACAAUUACAUGGCGGCCACCUGCAAGCAAUGGUGGGGCAGAUUUAAUAGGAUACGUACUUGAAAAGAAAUUAGCAGCUAGUCCAAAAUGGGAGAAAGUUGCAAGUGUUGACCCAUCAGUAUAUACUUAUACAUUCGAGAAACUUAAAGAUAGGCAAGAAUACUUAUUCCGAGUAUUUGCUGAAAAUUCCGCUGGAUUAAGUACACCAGCUUCCACAGCGCUUGUUUCAUUAGAUAUACACGCAACCGUUCCAUCACCGCCAACUGCACCACUAGAAAUACAUGCUGUUGGUCCAAAUAGUGUACAAAUUGAAUGGGGUAUGCCCGAAUUUAAUGGUGGUGCACCAUUAAUAGGUUAUAAUAUUGCUAUCCGAGAUACAAAGAAAACAAUGUGGAUGGAAGUUGCAAAAGUACGAGCUGGUGUUCAAAAGUAUACAAUUAAAGAUUUAGAACAAGAUCAUGAUUAUCUUAUACGAAUAUUUGCUAGAAAUGAAAUUGGUUUAAGUGAACCAUUAGAAUCAGAAGAACCAUAUAAGGUCUUACUAACCGAAGGUAUUGAUGAAGAAGAUGUAUCCAAAGGUGAUAUCACAGAACGUGAACCAACAAGCUAUAGUACAGAUAAUACAUCAUCAUGGUUACGUGAACAUAAAAUGGAUGCUGAUAUAAAUUCAUACGCUCGAGGUUAUCUAUUACGGCGUGAUGAAUAUUUCUUCAGAAUUUGGCAUUAUGCUAAACAACUAUUCAAAUAAAAAAUCCAUUUUUAUACUAAUUAUUUCUAAAAAAAAAGUAUCCAAUUUGUAAAAUAACUUCGAAAUGGAUUUAUGUUUUCCAUACUAAAUAAAUCAACCAAUUUUUUUUUUUAAUUCAUAUAUACAUAUUGCAUAUUCAUCAAAUUUUUAAAUUACGAAUUGCGAG